UUAGAUGUGUCCAUGGUAGCGGUCUGUUUUUGUGUACACUAAAGUGCUGUUUGUUUUUGUACUGCAGGCAAAUGGUGGCAGUGGAUAUAGAGACCCAUCUAGAGGAGGGGGAGGUGGCGCUGGUGGCAGAGUCGCCUUGUACUACCAGGGAGGAUUCUUUGAUGGCUUCUUAGAAGCUGCUGGCGGGAUUGGUGACGUAGAGAAUGGUGCAGCUGGAACUGUGUACGUGGAAAAAGCAAGGAAUAAUUCUGACCGUCCAUAUCGAACACUGAAGGUGGAUAACAAGGGUCGAUCACCGCUCACUGAACGAAUCAAUCAGGUUGAAGAGAUAAAACUUUAUCCAGGAUCUAUGUUACAUAGCUACUCGACGGUCUACACCAGCAUAAGCGGACUGAGGCUUUCAUCCAGUGGCGUCACGCAGUCCUACCAUGAGGGGUCCAACCCUAACCCUCAUUACUACUCCCUGUCACGGUUGUGUGACGGAAAUCUUAAGAAUGCUUACAUAGUGACAUCUUCCUACACGAAUGUGGUGAUCACUGUCAGCCUACCAAGGAACAUGUUCAUUCAUCACAUAAGAAUUUAUCCUUAUUGCCAUCAAGACUACCGCGUCAGUUUCCAGCUGACUGCAAAGCACGCUACCCUGGGAACCAAAGGUCCCAGAUCAUUUGCAGGCUGUUAUGAUACUUCUGUUUACAAUGAUGUAUUCAUGGAAGACACCAUUUCGGAGUUUACAUUAACCUUGACGCGGCUUGAAUCCCACGUUGCCUUGAGCGAGGUUAAGGUCUUCGUCGGACGCGAAACCUCGUCUUUUCAUGCGACCACUCUCGAACAAGACAGCUCGAGGACGUGGCUGGUGUUCAACGAUCCCAGACUAACGACAUUCGAAGUUGACGAGCUAGAUAUCCGCGGACACGCUCACCUCGGCGUUCAGAACAAAGCUGGUAGUGUAGAGCUCUUGGUGAAUGAGUACAAGGGAGAUUUUACUGCUACACUUCAAGUGGGUGGAGCACAGAGUGUCUUUCUGAACGCUAGCGCCAACUCGGUGAUUCCUUUCACACUGAGAACGUACCAGGGGUCAAAAGUUUUCCUCCCACGUGAAGUGUAUCUCCAAAAAUCGUCUAUUUACGCCGAGUCGGAGCUGGUUGGACUUGCAAACCUCAUAAUCUCACACGACAGUCGCUUUGAUGUCACGCAAGACGCGCAGGUCAACUCUCCCUCGAAAGCAACCGUGCUAUUGGAUCGUAUCACCAUCCUAAACGGAGGAAAAUUUUACCAGCGGACCACUGAGCCUGCAAAAUUAACUGUAAACCUCACAGGGGAGAUUAUCAUCAACGCAGGCGCAUCAAUGGAUGUCAGCCAAGUUCAUCUGCAGUCCCAUAACAUCUUCAUUGACAUUGGUGGUGUUCUCACGGCUCGAGGCCGAGGAUUUGCCUCGAUGAGUGGUCUUGGUGCAGGUCGUCAAUCUGCUAUUGCUUCUGGAGCUGGCCACGGAGGGGCUGGCGGAAGAAGCUCUAAUCAGCCGCUGGUUGGCAAGGCGUACGGCUCGUUUGACCUGCCACUCAAUUUUGGAAGUGGUGGAGGACGAGGGCAUCAGGAUUUGCCCGGCAGUUCAGGAGGUGGAGCCAUCAAACUCAGUGCCUCACACAUUGCUCAAGUUGAUGGGCUCCUUGACGUGUCAGCAGAGAGAGCUGUCAAUCCAGGCACCGGUGGAGGAAGUGGUGGCAGCGUCCUUAUCCAGUCAACACUGUUUCUUGGUAAAGGCAAGAUAAUGGCAGAUGGUGGUGAGGUUGCCCCUGCGUCGUUUGGAGAUGCUGGUGGAGGGGCUGGUGGCCGCAUUGCUGUGCAUUACGAGAGUACAAGAUUCGGGGGCGCGUUCUCAGCUCACGGUGGAGCGAGCCGGAGUGAAGCUGGGGGUCCUGGAACGGUUUUCCUGGCUAAAAACUCGACACACAAGACCAUGAUUAUCGACAACAAUGGCUAUCGAGCAACCAAGCCGUAUAUAUCGGAUUACAGAGAUAUAUCCAACGAUGGUGGAAGAGCCUGGCUCCUUGCGGGUUUCAUGGGCGAGUUUACUAUCAAUCUGUUACAGUUGCGCGGUGGAAGUCAUUUUGCUAUCUAUCAUCUCAAUAACUUUGCGUUUACACUUAAUGUAGAGCGACUUGAAGGUGACCUUGGCGGUAUGAUCCACGUGUCAGGGAGAGACAGGGUGUACAUCAACUACGCUCCCAGGCUUUUCCCGUCAGGUUUCCACGUGUACAAGGGGGGAUUCAUUCAUCUGCCUCGUGACGUUCUACUUAAAGACUUGUUUUAUCCCAGGAUUUCACUGGAAGGAAUGAUUAGCGGCAUGGAUAACUUGACCAUCGGUGGAGGUGCAGAAUUUGUAGUAACUGCUCAGGGUCAUACAGAGGGCUUCAGUAAGAAGACCAUCCACUUAAACUCCAUGACCGUCAUGAAUGGCGCGAAGCUCACAGCCGCUGACACUGUCAUAGACUCACCUACAGUCAACCUGUUGCUGAAUGAGAGCUUGAGAGUGAUGGCAGGGGGCCUGAUACAAGGGAAAUGGAUUAACAUCAGUGCUGGUGAUAUUGAGGUGGAGGCCUCUGGUAAUAUUAAUGCAGAGAAACGAGGCUAUGCGGCGAGAAGCGGACCCGGAUUAUCAUCAGGCUCUGCUGGCGCUGGUCACGGAGGCCGCGGAGGGUUGGGUGGCUUGGGUUCAUCCCCGGGCCACUCCUAUGGCUCCCUUUAUGAACCUCUCUCCCAUGGAAGUGGAAGCACGUUGGCAGCUGGGGGCGGGGUAAUCAGACUAGCGGCAAGGGGAUCUGUUACUAUAGAUGGCUUAGUUGGUGCAAAUGCUGAGGAUGGGCACAACGAAACUACCGGAGGCGCUAGCGGAGGUAGUAUUUGGAUAUCGUCUAAGAGCUUCAAAGGAAAUGGAGUUAUCAGAGUCUCUGGUGGAAGCGGACUGUUCUCAAGCAGUGGCGGAGGGGGUGGUGGACGAAUCUCAGUUGAUUUUGACAACCGUACUUUCAGUGGCAACAUAGAGGCCUUUGGCGGAGCAGGUAACAAAGAAGCAGGAGGUGCCGGAACAAUAUAUCUCCAUAACAAGUUCCGAAACUACGAGCAACUUAUAGUGGACAACAACAACAUAGGUUCUCCUUUGACAGAUGACAUCGUAGACGUCGAUCAUGAUGGAGGUCGGGCAUGGGUGACACCAGAACCCAACACAACAGUAAUGUCAUUUGAUGAGGUUGAUAUUCGAGGCCAAUCGCAGCUAGCCGUGCUUACAACUCCACCUGGCUCGCCUGUUCGGUGGGACAUCAGAGGUAUUCGUGGUGACCGGUCGGGAAUUGUGCACGUCAGAUCCAAUCAAGAGUUGCAGAUGACGCUAUCGGACAACCAGGGACAACAGCCCGAGCUGCUGUGGGGUGUCAACGUGUAUCCAAGAGGUGAUCUCAAGUUGCCUCAUAAGCUGGUUGUGGACGGGAUAAAGAUGAUCGUGGCAGGAAGUUUGAGCGGCGCUCAAAGUGUGACAGUGGGAAAUAAAGGAAAACUAAUUCUCAGGCAGCUUAUUGCUUCAAAUAACCAAUCGUCCAGAGACUUAUCAUUCGACGUGAUCGAGAUCCAGGGUGGCGGCAGUAUCGAAAUACAAAGUGAUAAAGAAGGCCUCUCAAUAACAUGCUCAACCUUAUGGAUACGCAGUGGUGGAGUUCUUAUCGCUGACCGACUUUCGGUUGUAGCCGACACGGUAACAAUCGAGCAAUCGGGAGUUAUUGACCUGGACUAUAAGGCUACAGUAGCAGGGUCAGGUCCUGGAGCUGGAUCUUCGCAUUAUAGUGGAUCGUCAGGGGCCGGUCAUGGUGGUCGUGGAGGUAGAGGCAAAUCUCAAACUCGUACCGGCGCUUUCUAUGGAGACUUCUCAAGGCCCCAGGCGUUUGGUAGCUCUGGUGGUGGAGGAAGCGGUAAUAGUAUAGCAACCGGUGGAGGUGUCAUCCAUAUCACUGCUCAACAGAUGCUUCACGAUGGACAAAUAACAGUUAAUGGCAAAGAUGCUUUAACUAACUCAGAUUACGGUGGAGGAAGCGGAGGCAGCGUUUUCAUCGAGGCAGGAAGUUUCGACGGAUCAGGUGUAAUCCAAGCGAAUGGAGGUACAGGUGGAGGCGAUGCUGGUGGUGGAGGUAGUGGCGGAAGAAUUGCUAUUCAUUACAACUCAACAUUCUUCUCCGGAAUCAUCUCUGCUUACGGAGGAGCCUCAACCAUUGAGACAGGAGCGGCUGGAACGAUUUACAAGAGAGACGAAAGCAAAGGUUAUAGUGUCCUUGAAGUUUACAAUCAAGGCAGUAAGCCGUCCAAAGAGACAAUUGACGACUAUUCCCACUUGGCGAGUGACAGCGCGAGGACGUGGUUGACUUUAAGUCAUAUUGUUGGCUCGCCGGUACCAGCUGCUGUUCAGGACAUAGAUGUGGGACCCAUCAUAUACGAAGGCCUUACAAUUGACGAAGUGAAGUUGGGUGGAUCAGCACACCUUGCCUUUGAGCCUGACUCAAGUUUGACUCGUCUGCACACGUUCAGACGGUUUUAUGGUAUUUUUGAAGGAGACAGUUUUGGCUUCCUCCACGUUGGACCGCGACAGCUUGUAACAAUACCGAACACAGACUACUACAUUCCAGUUAACUUAAAGGUUUAUCAAUCAGGCUACAUUCAGCUUCCUGACAGGGUCAUGCUUCACAAGAACUCGUUGUCUCUAAAUGCUGGAUAUCUCAUCGGCGUUAAGGACCUGACAAUUUCUCAGUGCAGAGUUACGUUUGGAGCCGGUUCUGGAGCAUUUAUCACCGGCUCUCUGCAGGCAACGCACUUCAAGUUUCAAACCGUGACGAUUAUGAGUCAAGGCUUCUUAGACAUGAUUGCGACCAACACCAAGUAUUCGCUGGAGAUGGAUUCUCUUGUUAUAAACUCAGGAGGGGUCCUCACCGGACGCGAUGUCGCAAUCGUUGCACAGACUGUGACGGUGGAUGAAUCGGCACUGAUUAACUUGGAUGCUAGAGGAGAGAGUUGUCCAGCUACAGACGUUUACUAUGCUGGCUCAGGAGGCAGUCAUGCUGGUUAUGGAGGAUUUGGAUUUCUUGGAGAGUCCUCAGGGGGCAAGCGGGAAGACCCAUUUGGUUCAGUAUUUCGUCCUGUGGCAUUUGGGAAAGCUGGAUAUGCCGGUCGAUCUUCCUCAAGUUGUGCUAGUGGGUUUGGAGGUGGGAUUCUAAAUCUGACGAUCAUCGGGACGCUCCAACUUGAAGGACACAUCACUUCAAGGGGCGAGAAUUCGAAGCAUAGUGAAGGUGGUGGCGGUGCAGGUGGCAGUCUGUUUAUCAAUGCCAGUACUGUGGAAGGAACCGGUUCCUUUGACGUUCCUGGCGGUGACGGAGGGUCCAGUUCAGGAGGAGGAGGAAGUGGUGGUAUAGUAGCAAUUUACUACAAGACAUCAUCGCUUCAGUUCUCAUACAAGGUCCAUGGUGGCGGUGGCAAGAACAUCGGUGCUUCUGGUUUCCUGUAUUUGAAGAAAACAGAGUCGCAAAUGGAACAUUCGGAACUUAUCUUAGAAGGAAGAAGUGUUUUGGCUCUCAAUACGGAAAGCUCACUUAUUUGUGAUCCAAAGCUUAUUGACUUUACUUUUGAUGAGAUAAGGCUACUUAAAUCCAGUACACUUUCAAUGAUUUCAUGCGCGCAGGGAAGUCCUAUGACGCUGAUUACUAAGAAAAUCGUAGGGGACAGAACAGCAUGGCUUGUCGUCAAGCCAGGUCACGAUGUUUACAUUGGCGUUACAGGUGUAGCUCAAUCUACUAUGGAACUUGAUUUUAAUGUGGAAAUUAAAGAUGGCGGAACGCUCUCCGUUCCGUCAAAUUUUUUCAUUGCCAGUGAUACAGAGAUAAACCUUAGUGGCAGCCUUGUUGGUGUCUCAGAUUUGACGAUCACAAAUAACGGAAGACUUGUUCUUAAAUAUCCUGGACAUACUGGUUUUAGGAUAACACCUCAACAAGGCAUGUCUACUGUACAAUUUACCUCAGUACGUAUCAAAGAUGGUGGAAGCAUGACUACAUCUUCACCAAACAAAGUAAAACUGAAGAGUGAUCUUUUGCAGCUUGACUACGGAGCUAAUCUUGCAUCUGGCAUUCCUGUGACUACGGAAGAACGAAUACAACAUACUAACGGACCUUCUCUUAACAGGCCAGACUGCCCUCAUGGAUACGAAGUUGUUGAAGUAGCGUCAAAGACCUUAUAUAACCCUUGUGGUGUGGGCAAGCACAUUUUCAACAAACGAAACGAGUCUUACUUAGUCUUCAAGAACGUGUCAGUGGCUAUAUCUCCAAACGAAACGAUUUACGUUAUCAUGAAUGAGACACGGUACAAUGUCACGUAUUACAUUGCUUGUGAUUACGACAAUUUCAAACUUCUCGCAGGCCAGUCAUGUAGCUUAGCACCAGGGAACUAUACAUACAACUCUCUGGAGAUACAAGGAAGCGCCACAAUGUACAUUGAGCCGGGAAUACAAAGAAAUAACAUGAGUACACUAACUGUCUCUAAGCUGACCAUCUACUCAAGUGGCUCUAUUGUUGCUAAGACAUCGGACUUUGUUAAUGCCAUCCUAUCAGUUUCAGAUAAUGGUGGUAGCUAUGGUGGGCUAGGUGGUGGUGAUACCGACAACAAAUCUCUUUACGGCAAUGUUUCAUUCCCUGAUGAUUAUGGAUCUGUUGGUGGAGGAAGCACUCAAAAUCGUGGGAGAGGAGGAGGUGUUGUAAUCCUUAAGACAAAGGAGCUCGUUAAUGAUGGACUUGUCGAUGCCAGUGGAGGAGAUGGAUCUUCAGGGGCUGGUGCUGGAAGUGGAGGAAGCAUCCAAGUAACAACAAAUUUUCUCAAGGGAUCUGGUACUUUCAGGGCCCGCGGUGGAAAUGCGAACUCCCCAGCUGGAGGAGGAGGUGGAGGAAGAAUCGGAAUAACAGUUCUUCAAGGGCAAACUGAAUUCCAUGGUCUUUACGAUGCUACAGGUGGUGAUGGACACAAAGGAUCUUCAGGAACGGUGUACAUUCGAGACCAAAGACAAGAAACCUCUUAUGAAACACUCCUUUUCUGGAAUAAGGUCGUUGGUUACCCUCCAGCCCGAUUGCCAAGUUCGUCAUCUUCUUACAAGUACGAUGAGUUGCGUUUAGAAAAUCAUGGCACAUUCUUAGCAACAGCGCAGUUGCUAAUCAUCAAAAGCUUCGUCACCGAUGGAACUGGUAAACUAACAGUCUCGAAUGGCAGUAGAGUAGAUGUUACGAAUUUUCCUCAGUCAUCGGGAAGAUUUGCAUGUGAUCUUGAGAUCCUACCUGGCGGUUCCUUGUAUAUUUACAGCCAACCAACUUUUGUAGGUCCAGGUUCACCCACGGUAGUAAUUGCAGGAACUUUGGACACAAGAGAACCUAUACUCGGGGAAGGGAGAGUUCUAAAAGUGGCAUCGAGUGGAGAAGUUCGGUCCACCAACUUGAGGCUUCUUAAAGGUUCUUUAGUUCAAGUAGACGGUGAUGGCAUAAUUAAGAAGAGUUUUUCGUAUUUGCAGUUCCAUCUUUCUUCGCUGCGACUUGACACAAAUGCACAACUUAUCUUUGCUCAAGAAAAUGUUACUCUGAAGGUUGACUCAUUGCAUCUUAGCCAAGGAGUAACUGUUUCGUCAAGUUCCAGUAUGAAACGUCUCAAUAUCACAGCUAAUAAUAUGAUCGUAGACAACCUGGCAAGAAUUACCACCGAUAGCGGGGGCUUCCUUGGCGGUCCAGGUGAAGCUAAAAGCUCCGGUAGUGGUUGUGGUCAUGGAGGAGAAGGUGGUGGAAUCCAGGGUGGAUCAUCUUACGGAUCUGUAUUUGAACCGCGACAUUAUGGCAGUGGCAACAAUGUCCGUGGUGGUGGAAUCAUUUUCUUACAUAUAAAAGAAAAAUUGACUUUGUAUGGAGGUAUCAGUGCUAAUGGUGCAAAUGAUUCAGCUGGAGGUGCCAGUGGAGGCAGCAUAUUGUUACGGGCAGGAACCUUGUCUGGUCACGGAGAGAUUGUGUCAAAUGGAGGUAAAGGACUUGGUUCUGCGUCUGGUGGCUCUGGUGGCCGCAUCGCUCUCUAUAUCACGGAUAAGACUCCUUUCACAGGUACAGUCACUAGUUAUGGCGGAUGCGGGGCUACUUGUGGGGCAGCUGGGACGAUAUUCAUCCGUGAGUACGUAGUUGGGCUACCUCUCAACUCGACAAUAGUGGACAAUGGAAACAGUAAAACGGAAGCUAACACAAUUAUCAUGCAUGAACAGAAAAUCUCUUACACAAUGCGGCUUCUUAAACUCAUAAAUGGUGCUAGGCUUGAAGUGGCAACAAUACCAAAUGUGGAGAUGAAGAUAGCAAUUCAGCAACUGGACGGUGAUGGAAGCGGACGCCUUCAUGUGCAUCGCAAUCAAACACUUACGCUUGGAGCUGGCAAAGCUGUGACUUCAAGACCAUUCAUGUUCCCCUGGGCGAUGAUCGUAGAUGAAGGAGCAACGCUUAAUCUGGCACCAGUGCUUUUCAUUACGCGAACAGCAGUUUUACCAUCCCUUUACUUAGCUGGAAAACUGAACGGUGGACAAGAGGUUAAUGUUGGUCAAGAUGCUUCUGUGGUUAUUGCAAAAACUGGCAUUAUUGGAACCUUCACUAACACGCCCGGGAUAUACUCUUUCCGCUCGCUUAAAGUUUCAAGUGGAGGACGCAUAACAAUCGAGGCAGAUAAAUUUGCAAAUGCUCCUGUAGAGGUCAGAGCGAUCUCCAUUGAUGUAGCAUUUGGUGGAGUUUUAGAAGGAAGAUACCUAAGAGUAAUAACACCACUGUUGAACGUUGCUUUUAACGGUGUUGUGCGAGCCGAUGGAUUAGGUAAUCCUCCAGGUGCUGGUUUUGGCGUUGGAAGUUCUUCCUUGUUAACCGGAGGUGGAUACGGAGGCUGUGGUGGUGGCAAUACCAACGAUAGUUGUGUGGUGUAUGGAUCCCUAUAUAAAGCAACAGAGUUCGGAAGUGGAGGUGGAACAUCGCAAAUACCCGAUGGUAAUCAUGGUACUGCAGGUGGUAUCAUUAAUGUGAUGGCUUCGCACUUAGUUGUUGAUGGUGUCAUAUCGUCAAAUGGUCAAAGCGGAGACAGCACCACAACAGGUGGAGGCAGUGGCGGCAGUGUGGAUAUCUCCGUCACAGAACAGCUAAGUGGCCGUGGACAAAUUAAAGCGGAAGGAGGAGGUUGUGUUGGAGAGAUAACAGGUGCCGGUGGCGGUGGACGGAUCUCUUUACUUAUAACAGGUGACGAUAAGUUUAGUGGCACUUUUAGUGCACGAGGUGGUAAUUCUUCAGCUAAAAGUGGCUCGCCAGGAACUGUCUAUAUUGAAGUUGGCAAAACAGUACUUCGUGUCAAAACACUCUUUCUGGAUAAUAGUGAUAUCCACUCAACUUCACCACUUCCAGUGUUUCUCAAACAGUCAUCUGUCAUUUCUUAUAAUCUUCAAGAACUCCGCUUAAAAGGAAAAGUGAUGCUACACGUAGAAAAGAACAUGCAAGUUGACAAGCUGGUUGCGGACUCAAACAGUGUUAUUUAUAUCAAAGAUAACGUCACGUUUACAGCUGAACCAACUUCUCGGUAUUUACAACCGUACUGCAGCUUCAUUGUCGAGUCUGAUGGAGAAAUACGUAUACCUGAUGAAGUGAUGUUUCUUGGAAGUAGCAAUGUAUUCAAGGGAACCCUGACUGGAAUCCUAGACAUGAUAAUCGGAGAGAAUAGGAAAGUAACUUUUUCUUCCUCGGCGCGCACGGCUCGUUACAUCGAUGGACAAUAUACCUUUAUCACAGACCGUGGCGAAUACCGAUUUUCUUCUCUGAGAGUAAAGAACGGUGCCUUCUUUUCGUUUGAGGAGGCAAGGUUGAAGAAAGUCCCGCUGACUGUGGGAAGACUUGAAGUAAACUUUGGUGCAAUAGUUCAAGGCAGCUGGCUCGACAUCAAGGCUUCUGACGUCAUUAUACACCCAGGUGCUACCCUUGAUCUAUCUGCGCAAGGACACGAAAGCGACAAAGGACCUGGUGCAGGGGGUCGGUAUCAGUCCGAUGGAACUGGUGCCGGCCACGGUGGUUACGGUGGGUUGCGCCACGGAAAUCACGGAACAUGGUACGGUUCAGCGUUCAAUCCAAACGAUACAGGCAGUGGUGGCGGUAGUUCUAGUUAUGGUGCCGGAGGAACCGGUGGUGGUUACCUUCGUUUAACAGUGGUUAGGGUCGUAAAACUCGAGGGAACAAUCUCAGUAACUGGAGCAAGUGGAGAAGCUUCGAACAGUGGCGGAGGCAGUGGUGGAAGUGUGUGGAUCUCAGCAGAUGAUAUCCUAGGAAAUGGGAUAAUCACUGCGAAAGGCGGUGAUUGUAAGGGCACGGGAGGUGGCGGCAGUGGUGGGCGUGUUGGCAUCUACUUGCAGAAACCGAUGAGUUUUGAAGGCCUCUUACAAGCACAAGGUGGAAGCGGAAAAGAAGCUGGAGCUGCUGGGACGCUAUACAUUCAAGAUAACAACAAACUUUUUCCUCGAAAGCGUCUCUGGAUUGACAACCUAGCAACUGCUAUCAACAAGGCUCAAACCGUGCUAUAUGAAGCAGAUGUUGUUAACUACCUAUUUGACGAACUUCGGCUGACAGGAAUGUCUCGAUUUGAGAUAUAUAAUCUGCAAAGGAAGUUUCAGACCAUCCAAGUCACCCGAUUUGUUUCUGAUGGCGUAGGGGAAAUUGCCAUCAGGAAAAACCAGACCCUUCUGGCAGAGGUUCUUGAGGCAAAAGAGAGCCACUUGACCUUAACAACGAAUAUCUACGUUGAGGAAGGUGCAAAUCUUGUCGUAGCUUCGAAUCUCACUGUUGAUGGAGCAACCCUUACCCUUGAUGGUAAACUAUCAAAUGUUAGACACCUCGUUGUGGAAUCAGGAAGCGCUGUAAAAUUUGGAAUUACGUCACAGACGACCUUGAUGGAAAACAAUAAUUUUGUCUUCCAGAGUGACCCUGGAACUCAGCAGUUUGCAAGCGUUACCCUUAAAAGCGGGUCCGACUUUGGAGCUCCACUGAAUCUUAGGAUCAGUGUCGGAACAUUGGAUAUGAAAAGUGGAGUAACACUGCGAGGGAAAUUUGUUGACAUCAAAUCCAAGUCACUGCUUAUUGGACGCGGUGCAACCCUAACGACGAACAACAGCAUCGAAGCAGUGGGAAGUUUUGGUGGCAGUGGGCGUUCUUCAGCUAACGGUGGUUCUGGUGGUGGACAUGGAAGUGCUGGUGGAGUGGGGUAUAAUGGAUUGGCCGGUGGGAGUCCGUACGGUACUCUGUAUGAGCCAGAUCAGCCAGGUCAACCGGGAGGUAAUGGUAGCGCAGGUAACACAGCUGGCAAAGGCGGUGGAGUGAUCCGAAUUGACACUGAUAUUCUGGAAAAUGACGGAUUCAUUACAGCAAACGGUGGACAUGCAGUCCAAGGAAGCCAGGCUGGUGGAGGAAGUGGUGGAAGCGUAUUUAUAUCGAUAGGCAGCAUCUUUUCGGGUACUGGAACAGUUUCUGCUAAUGGUGGACGUACAGAUGGUGCUGGUGGGUGCGGGGCCGGUGGCCGAGUGGCAAUACAUCUCAAGUCUAAAUAUUCAUAUCGUGGAACAUUACAAGCUCUGGGCGGAAUCUCAAGUAGCAGUGGAGUGUCAGGUGGACCAGGGACGGUCUAUAUCAGAGACGUCCGAUACAAGUUAUUCUUUCAUCAGCUGCACAUCGAUAAUCAAGAUCAAAGCUGGCAAAACUAUGUUACACUGAAUGAGAGUAAGGUAUCUUAUGACUUCAAUGAGCUUUAUGUGUUCCGUAAGGCAUCUUUACGUAUGAUUCAGGAUUCAAAUUCCACACUGCGCAUCAGGAAACUCUUUGGUGAUCGAUCUGGUCUUCUGCAUCUCUAUGAAGGUCACAAAGCGAUUAUAGAGGUGGUGGAGGCACAACUAACCACCACUAAGAGUCCUAUAAACUUCAGAAUUGACAACGGAGCUGAAGCUGUUAUGUCAACGACUGUAUACAUUGUUGGCGAUGGUGCAGUAGCUUUGCAAUGUAACGGAACUUUGAAUGGUAUCCGUAACCUGUAUGUCACUCAAAAGCGAGUCGUCAAACUGAACAAAGGCUCGAGAACGUUAAGAGACAAUGAAUCACCAGGAACCUUUAAGUUUUCCAAUGUAAAAUUAUUUAGUGGUAGUUCAGUGACUAUGGAGGACGAAAUCGAGAUGAAAAUAAUUGUUGGGUUCUUGAAUGUAAAGUUCCACGCGGCUCUGGAAGCCCAUCAUUUAGACAUUCUAACUUCUAGUUUGGAUGUGGAAACUGGGGGACUGCUCAGCGCAGCUGGUGACAACAAAGCACGGGAAGCUGUUCCUUCUAGGGAAAUAUCAUCGCUUCCACGGGGAGCAGGAGCAGGGCAUGCUAGCAGUGGCGGAAGUGGCUAUGGAGGAGCUGCUGGAGGCUCCUACUAUGGCUCUCUUUACCACCCAAAGGAAUCCGGUCGCAGGGGCGGAAACGGAGCAGGUAGUAGUGAUGUCGGGGGAAGUGGAGGGGGCUAUGUGAAGAUAGAAGCCGGCACUUUGCUUAUCAAUGAUGGUACCAUUACGGCAGAAGGUGGAAGUGCUAAAGCUGGAAGAGAGGCUGGAGGCGGAAGCGGAGGAAGCCUUCUAUUUCAGACAGACAGUUUCAUUGGUUAUGGAGCACUGAGCACAACUGGCGGUGAUGGAGGAGGAGCCAAUGCAGGUGGUGGCUCCGGAGGUAGGAUUGCUAUCUACUCUAUCCAGAAUCUUUACAGGGGAACCUACUCAGCAUUUGGUGGAAGUUCUCUUCCAGGCACGUAUGGUGGACCCGGUACGGUGUUUUUACACGAUAUUCGUUCAAAGAGGCCUUUUACUCAGCUGCGAAUUGACAACCUAAUGCGUUCCGUUCAAGAUCCAGUGACAAUUGAUGAAACAAAUAUCACUGAUCACGAUUUCUCGCAAGUUCACUUGUUCAGAAGAGCGGCUCUUAACAUGGCUGUGAGAAAAGAAAGAACAGUUCUGAAAAUGACGCGACUGUUCGGAGAUCGAACAGGCCUACUUCAUGCCCGUGCCAACCAAACAUUCUACCUGGAAGCGUCUGCCACAGAGCACAGCGUAUCCAAACCAGCUGUUAACCUGAGGAUAGACAAGGACGCCGAAAUGGUCUUUGGUGCGUCGCUGUACGUCAUCGGAGAUGGAGCAAAGGCAACUGGGCAAAUAACUGGGGACUCAUCUUUCACAAUCGAUGGCAGAAUGAUAGAUGUUACUCACUUAUUUAUCACCAAGCGUUUGAAGUCCAGGUUCUUGUCCCACGCUCAUUCAGCCGAUUUGCAUAAUGGCACCCUAGCUGUAAGUGCUAUAGGCAGCUUUGUUUUGGCCACGUUUGAGAUUCAAGAUGGCUCUGAAGUAUUCUUUCCUGACGUUCAUGGAAUGCAGUGCACAGUUGGACUAGUUCACAUGAAAUACGGAUCCGUUAUUGUCGCAGACACUUAUCGCAUUGCCCUUACGUCGCUCCUCCUUGAAACCGGAAGUACAAUCACUGCAUCUGGAAAAGAUCGUCCAGGUCCUUACGAAACCGCCGUUCUUCCAAGUUCUUGUAGAGGUUCUGGCGGCAGUUAUGGAAGUAAAGGAGGAAAAGGCCACAGUGACAUCAACGAGCUUGCUUCACAUGGCAGUCUCUUUACACCUGACCACUACGGCACCCCAGGUUGUCCCGGAAACAGUGAUGGUGGGAAGGGUGGUGGACUUAUAUUCAUGGCUAUAGGAGAUGAACUGUACGUAGAUGGCACCAUAGCAAAUGAAGGACAAGAUGCUAGCGAUGGAUCAAGUGCCGGUGGUGGCAGCGGGGGUAGUAUUUGGAUCAAAUGCGGAAGAUUCAGUGGUCACGGCCUGAUUUCUUCAAAUGGUGGUGCUGGUGCCGGUCUUAAUUCUGGUGGUGGAUCUGGUGGACGGAUUGCAAUUGAUACACCAACGGAAAACAAAUAUCUAGGUGAGUACACUUCCAUUGGUGGGAGAUCUGGUGACCCAUCAAAAGACACAACUCUGUACGCUGGUGGUCCCGGCACGGUGUUUCUUAAAGAUACACGAAAUCAAUACGCCCACACUCAGCUUCGCCUAGACAACAAAGGUAGAACAUGGGAUCAUUACGUCACGCUCAAUGAAAGCUUAAAGGCUUAUAGCUUUGAUGAGCUCCAUCUCGUGCGCAAGGCUGCUAUUCACUUGGUUCCCGACGGCAAGCGCUUGAACUUGACUGUGCACAAAGUUGAAGGCGAUAGAACAGGAUUGAUCCAUGUCCAUGCGAACCAAACACUGAAAGCUGAAUUCUUAGACGCUGUGUACACGAUCACCAGGACGGCCGCAAACUUCAAGCUUGACAGAGAUUCCAACGCCAUAAUGGCAACCUCAGUUCACGUGGUCGGACGAGGGGACGUGGCGUUCGAAUGGAACGGACGUCUAAUCAACGUUCAGCACUUUUACAUUGCCUACGACAGAACGAUCAAAAUUGGAUUUUACGCUCACACUGCUGGCAUCGCGGCAGGAAAAUAUCGGUUUAUUGAUGACUUUGGCACGUUCCGUUUCUCCACACUUGAGUUUGGCAGUGGUACCGUUAUACCCUAUCCACCACCCAUGGGAGUUCAUUUCAUAGUCAGUCUUUUGGAUAUCAAGUUCAGUUCUUACUUCAAAGCUGAAUUUUUUACGAUUGAAGCCACGGACUUCUACCUUGAACCAAAUGCUAUACUGGACUGCGCUGGGAGAGGAUUCGUGAACAAGACCGUAGGAUCUGGACUGGACUCCUCAUCAGGAGGGUCCGGAGCUGGACAUGGAACUCCCGGGGGAGACGGACAAGAUGUUAACGGAGGUGAGGAAGUUGGGUCUGUGUAUGAGCCUGUGCUUCCUGGUGCGAGAGGCGGUGCUAGAAUUGGAAGUGCAGCUGGCAGCAGAGGAGGAGGUCGUGUGCGUGUGGUAGUUGGAUUUGCCUUCAGACUGGAUGGCAGUAUUACCGUGGAUGGAGACAAUGCCGUGGAGAAUUCAGGUAGCGGUGCUGGAAGCGGUGGGAGUGUAUGGAUAACAACUGGCUAUCUUCGUGGCCACGGAUCUAUAUCUGCCCGUGGAGGUGUGGGAAACACUGCCAGCCCUGCUACCGGUGGCAGUGGCUCAGGAGGGCGAAUUGCCGUUCACGUUACCAUCAAAGAUGAGUACAGAGGUGGCUUCUACGCUCUGGGUGGCGUGUCACCUGGGUCUCAACACGGCGGUUCUGGAACUGUGUACAUAGAGGAAGUACAAGGAGAUCAUUUAUUCAGAAGAUUGUACAUUGAUAACCAGAAUGCAAACCCACCAAAGGUGUUUCUCUUGGACGAGAUGAACCCCAAGACCUUAAAGGCGAAUGCUACAGAAGAAAAUGGUGCUGAGUUUGGCUUCGAUGAACUGAUGCUCCAAGGAGACGCUGUGCUCCGGAUUGCAGACUUAGGAUUAAACAAACGACCAUCCAUUUCUGUUACAACUGUCCUUGGCGAUGGUUCAUCCUAUCUCGACAUCAUGAAAAAUCAAACUUUCUUUAUCGAGUACCAGGAAUUUACCAGAAGAAGGUCCUUCCCACCAGUGAAUUUUAAGGUUGAAUACGGUGGCGAACUAAUGCUGGUGUCAGAUUUCCAUGUCUCUGGCAAGAAGAAUCCGGCAUUUGAGCUUGAAGGGCGGAUAACGGGAGUCUCCAACCUGAGUCUUACAGAAGGUCGGGUCCUGCUUGCCGGCGAAAAUUUCAGCAGCGCUUUGCUGAAAGACAAAGUGUACAUAGAAACACCGAUAGAGGGGAAAUUAACGUUUGGAGUGUUUAAAAUGGAAGCCACGUCGCAACUGCGAUUCGACAAGGGCAUGAAACUUGAUGUCAGCACGCUCUAUAUGCGUCAGAAAGCUGUCAUUUCCGCAGAUACAAUUGAUAUGGCGUUAAAUGAAGCACACCUGGAGGGCAGCUCCAGGAUCACGACAUCUGGGAAGGGCCACAAGGCAGAGCAGGGUCCUGGACCCGGGUCUAGUUUCAACAGUGUAGGAUCCGGGGGCGGUCAUGGCGGACAAGGUGGCCCAGGUAGCACCAUCUCUGGAGGAUCUGGGUAUGGCUCCUAUGUUUACCCAGUCCAUCCAGGUAGUGGAGGAGGGGGAAGUAAUGGUGGAGCAGGAGGAAGCACAACUAAGAUUACAGUCGGAUAUUCUCUUCAUUUGGAUGGCAUCGUCGAGAGUGAAGGUGCAAAUGGCGCCUCUAACAGUGGAGGUGGCAGUGGAGGUAGUGUUCUGAUCAAAACCAUCCUUUUCUCUGGACACGGAAUGGUGGUCGCUGAUGGCGGAAGUGGGGAUGGUAAUGGUGGUGGCGGUGCAGGUGGGCGUAUCGCAGUGCACGUUGCCUGGUUAAGGGAAUACUCUGGCCAAUAUACGGCUUAUGGUGGCACAGGUUUUAAAGCAGGAGCGGGUGGCACUGUGUAUUAUACAGACACCAACCAAGGACUUACUCACAGGCCAGUGCUUAUCAACGAAGCAAACCACACCGUGUUCGGCGAGGGAUUUACAAAACUUACAGUGGACAACGUCGAUCGUAAUCCCGAUAUAGCGACAAUAAUCAUCAACGAAAACAGCUCCUACUACGAGGUUGAUGAAUUAGAAAUGAAGAAUCACGGUUUGCUCCACAUACACGGUAACAAUUCAAGUUUUGUUGUCCACAACUUCACUGGGGACCGAACAGGACUUGUCCAACUUAGACCAGGCCAGAAGAUGUUUGUUCAAGUUGUAGAGUCCAAAACGGGUUACAGUGUUGCUCCUGUUAGCUAUAAGAUAGAUCAAGGUGCGGAAAUAGUGUUCCCGUCGAGUUUGACACUUCUGGGGACUAGAUGUUUCUUUGAGGGUCUGGUUGUGGGUGUUCAUCGGCUUAUUGUUGCCGAGGGUGCCGAUGUUGUUUUUGCUUCAACCACCCAGACUGGUAUCAAAGAAAACGAGAAAUUCAGAUUCCUUACCACACCUGGUAACAUUACGUUUGCAGAAGUGUACGUUCAGAAAGGCUCGCGGCUUGAGUUUUCUCGCAUCAACAACACGCUGGUCUUUACAGCGAUCAUUUUCCGAUUGAAGUAUCAUGCAUUAGUCAACAUCAAUCACGGUGAAAUUGAUUCAUCGUGGGCUUGGGUGGAAAGCGAAGGCAGGCUUGUCUUGGACUACACUGGGCAUCCAGCCGAGAUGGGUCCUGGAUCCGGAACUACGAAAAACUUGAUUGGAUCGGGAGCGGGUCAUGGCGGUGAAGGUGGUGUUCACCAGGCAGGGCAGCUUGGAGGAGAGCCCUAUGGCUCCAUAUACCGAGCAGUUCAUCUUGGCAGUGGCGGGGGUAACGGACAAGGACGAGGUGGAUCUGGUGGGGGUAUGCUUCAUUGGAGAAUUGGUCAGGAGAUUGAGCUAGAUGGACUUGUCACCUUGCGAGGUGGCAACGGUUCUGGUGUAAACGCUGGUGGCGGUAGUGGUGGAAGCAUUCUCAUCGAGACAACAAAUUUUACCGGUUAUGGAGAAAUUAAUGUUAUGGGAGGAGACGGCUCAAGUCCCAGUGGAUCCGGUGGCUCAGGUGGUCGAAUUUCUGCCCAUGUUCGUUUUAGGCACAAGUACGCCGGUGUUUACAAGGCCUACGGAGGAGAAGGGAAAACUAAUGCUGCAGCAGGCACAGUGUACGUUGAAGAAACUGCGCGAGGACCACAAUAUGCAGACUUGAAGUACGACAAGAGUACGAAUACGACUUACGUCACUGCAACCCACAGGUACAUGGAAGUUGACAAUGAAGAUCGCAAAACUGAGAUGUCUUCAAUAAUGCUAGAGAGUGAACAUUUGUUUUAUGAAUUAGAUGAGUUGUUCCUCACUAGACACGCUAACCUGCAGGUCCAACAUCCUCCAGGAAGUCCUAAUGUCACUGUCAUCAUUCACCGCUUCCACGGAGAUGGCUCAGGAAGAUUUCAUGCAAGGGUGAACCAAACAAUAUACGUGGAAGUCGUUGAAUCGGAGACCAAUGAGACCACCGCACCGUGUAGUUACAAGAUUGAUCAAGGAGCUGAAGUUGUCUUCCCUGCUGUUGUCAACAUUUAUGGAACUAGGAGCAUUAUAGAAGGACGAAUAACGGGAGUAGAACAUCUGAUCAUCGCAAGUCAAGGGUUCGUGGAGUUCUCUUCUACUGCUCAAACUGCUAGAGUUGAGAAUCGCCGAUACGUAGAGAUAGACGAGAAAGGUAACUUUUCAUUUGCUACGGUAACUGUUGAAAGGAAUUCAAAAUUGACUUUCAGCCGUAUUCUUAACUACACAUUGAGCUUACGAUGCUCCGAGUUCAGAAUCAAAUAUGAAGGACUGAUGACAAUGAAUCACGGAUACAUUUACUCGGCAUUUGCGUGGAUAGAAAGCGAAGGUAUCUUGUCCCUGGAUGGAACGGGAUUUGGCCCGGAAGAGGGUGUUGGACAUGGUACAACCCAAAACAAUGUAGGAUCUGGGGCUGGUCACGGUGGGGAAGGUGGAAAAACAGAUCAUGGAGAAGGUGGAAUCCCUUAUGAUUCUGUUUACACUCCUCGGAUGUAUGGCAGUGGUGGAGGAAAUGGCCAAGGAGUGGGUGGUUCCGGCGGAGGAUCGAUGUUCUGGAUCGUUGGUCAAAGACUUCAGAUCAACGGGCUGCUGUCUUCAAAGGGAACUGAUGGAACAGGAACGAAUGCCGGGGGAGGUAGUGGUGGCAGCAUCUUAAUAACCACUACGAACAUGACUGGACACGGUGAAAUCUCUGUCCCAGGAGGUUCUGGAACCGGUUCGGGAAGUGGAGGAUCUGGUGGACGAGUCGGAAUUCAUUGCCGGUGGAGAUACAAAUACGGGGGUAAGUUUACAGACCAUGGAGGUCAGCAGGGCCGAUAUGGGGGUCCUGCCGGUACAAUUUAUAAGGAAGAGAACUUUAGACCUCUUGAGUACCGUCAUCUUAAAUACAUGAAAGAAACGAACACUACCAUGUUAGCUGUCGAUCACACGUACGUACACAUCGACAACGAUGGCCAUGAUGUACCCGGAGCAACUGUUUUGAUGGAGGAAAACACGACAUACUACGAAUUUGACGAAAUGGAGUUAACGGGUCACUCACGUCUUCUGGUCUACCAUCCUGGAAAUGUUACCGUCAUUGCUGUGGUACAUAAAUUUAUCGGUGAUAAGAGUGGACAAUUUCACAUCCGUCGAGAUCAAAAGAUCUUUGUAGAGUAUAUAGAGUCAGAGACAAACAAAACCGAAGCGCCUUGCAGUUACAGGAUCGACGUCGGAGGGGAGAUCAUUUUACCAUCGGAAUUUUCCAUGCAUGGCACUCGGUCAAUCUUUGAAGGAAUGAUCGUUGGCGUUCGGGAUUUGUUUGUUUCGUUCGGUGCUACUGCUGAUUUCUAUUCAACGGUACAGACAGCCCUCAUAGAAAACAACAACUACAUUGCAAUAUCAGAGCCAGGAAAUAUUUCGUUUGCUGUCGUUAUUGUUAAGAAAGGUGGGGAUAUCGAGUUCCGUAAAAACACAGGAUUCUUGAGAAUUAAUGUUGAUGAAUUAAAAAUAAAAUAUCAAGGGAAACUGAACAUGAACCACGGUGAAGUAUUUUCAACAUUUGCUUGGUUGGACAGCCAAGGUCAUUUCAACUUGGACGAAGGAGGCAAUCCUGCCGAAAAGGGACCUGGUGCCGGAAGAAGUACUGCGAUCGGCACUGGUGCUGGUCAUGGAGGAAAAGGGGCUCGUGAAGGAGGACAAGCUUACGGUUCAGUUUAUCGCCCCUUGGUUCUUGGUAGUGGAGGUGGUAAUGGCGGGGGAACGGGUGGGAGUGGAGGAGGACAGCUUCUCUGGGAAGUUGGUAAGCGUCUUGAGUUGAACGGCCUUAUUUCAGCCAAAGGUGGCAAAGGAGAUCGAGGAAAUGCGGGUGGUGGCAGUGGUGGCAGCAUUCUUAUCAAGACAACAAAUAUGACCGGACAUGGGGAGAUUGCUGUCACCGGCGGGUCUUCUUAUAACCAUGGAGCUGGAGGAGGGGGUUCUGGGGGACGAGUAGGAAUACAUUGCCGAUGGAGGUAUACUUACGGUGGCAAAUUCACUGACCGUGGUGGAUUUGGAACGCAGAACGACUAUGGUGCACCCGCAGGAACAGUUUACAAGGAAGAAAAUUUGCGUCCACUUGAGUACCGCAUACUGAAGUAUAGUAAAGAGACGAACACGACUUACCUAGCUGUGGAUCACACAUAUUUACACGUAGAUAACGAGGGACAUGACGUACCUGAAGCCACUGUCCUGAUGGAGGAAGGAACAACUUAUUAUGAGUUUGAUGAGGUUGAGCUAACUGGAUAUUCACGACUCAUCGUUUACCAUCCAAAUGAAACCCAAGUUACAGUGAUAGCGCAUAGGUUCAUUGGAGACAAAACCGGACAAUUCCACCUGAGAAUUAACCAAACUAUCUAUGUGGAGGUUGUCGAAUCUGAAACAAACAAAACUGAAGCGCCAUGCAGUUAUCGCAUCGACAAGGGAGCUGAGAUCGUUCUUCCUGCCGAAUUCCACGUCCAUGGGGUUCGGUCUGAGCUUUAUGGCCUGAUGACCGGAGUACACUUUCUUUUCCUCGAGGACGGAGCAACCCUGAAGAUAGCAUCAUCAGCACAAACAGCAAUAACGGAGAACCGAACCUACGUCGACAUCACACGACCUGGCAACUGCUCCUUUGCGCAUGUCAUAAUCAAACAAGGCGGUCUCUUGGACCUGGUGCGUGUGCAGGAGGUACUUGUUUCCGUUACGUCAUCUGUUUUCGAAGUGCUCCACAAAGGAACCGUGAAAGUGAACCACGGCAUAUUUUAUUCCACCUUCGCUGAAGUGGAAACUAAAGGUGAAGUUCUGCUGGAUGGUGCUGGGCACCAGGCAGCUACCGGUCCUGGUGCAGGCUCGACCUCUGUAAAUAGCGCAGGAUCUGGAGGUGGAUUUGGUGGACGCGGAGGACAGUCGUACAAUAAUCAUCACGGAGGUGGUGCUUACGGAUCUGUUUAUAGACCAUUGUCUCUUGGUAGUGGGGGAGGACAUGGGCAACUGAAUGGUGGAGGCGCAGGCGGAGGAUCGCUGUGGUGGCAAGUUGGUAAACGUAUUCACCUUGACGGCCUCAUAUCAUCGAAAGGGCAGAGUGCAACCAGUACCAGUGGGGGAGGUAGCGGAGGAAGUGUCCUUGUGGAGACAACCAACAUCACUGGACAUGGCGAAAUCAACGUCAAUGGGGGAGACGCGCCAAGUGAUGGAGGAGGAGGAUCAGGCGGAAGAAUUGGAAUUCAUGUCGAUUUCCAAAAUAACUUUGGUGGUAAAUUCCGCUCCGUUGGCGGCCGCGUCUCUAGCUAUCCCAAUAACGCUGGAGCAGCUGGUACGGUUUACAAGUACGAAAGUCGUCGCGGUCCGCAAUACCGUGAACUCAAGUACAACCCUGAUGCGAACUUAACCUCCUUCAAACCCGAGCACGCCAAAGUGAAGGUAGACAACGAAGACAACAACGUAGCUACGCCGACUGUCAUCAUGGAAAAUCAGACGGUCUUUUACGAGUUUGACGAGAUGCAGGUCGAGGGUCAUUCCACAGUGACCUUCUACCACCCGGAGAAAGCAAAGAAUGUGACAGUCAUCGCUCACGAAGUUACAGGAGAUAAGACUGGAAUCAUCAAACUGGUGGCCAGACAGCGCUUGUUUGUAUUUGUGGUAGAGUCUACACACACUUAUAUGGACGCCCCGUGUGGAUUUUUCGUAGAGGAGUAUGCCGAGGUUGUCUUUCCCACAGAGGUGAUUCUACGUGGCGAAAGUUCGACCAUAAGAGGACGAUUAACUGGAGUAGAAAAGCUUGUUCUUGAGAGAAAUGGCAUGGUGGAGUUUGGAGGUACAGCACACACUGCUAUGUUACCUGAAGAGUCGCAGUGGCUGGCUGAUAAUCCAUUUGAUCCAUUCACUCCCGGUCUCAUCAUCAUUCCUCAGCUUAUCAUUAACAAUGUGGGCGUGGUUAAAGUUACCAUGACACCUGUCAGAGUUGUUCUUGAUAUUGCAGACACGAAUGUGAAAAAAGGCGGUCAACUUGUCCUUGCUACAAACCAUGUGACUAUCAACGCCGACUACGUCAUUGUCGAACGUGGGGGCCUGAUAGACUCGUCAGGUGCUGGUUACCCAGCCGGAAGUGGCCCUGGAAGUGGAUCUGGACAUACGGGUGGAAGUCAUGCCUCACCAGGUGGUAGAGCAGCCUCCGGGAGUCAGUAUGGCUCUGUUUACUGGCCCCAAGAACCCGGAAGUGGUGGUGGCUACGGUGCUGGUGGUGGAUGGCUUUAUAUUCAGACCGGAGGUCAUGUGAUUGUGGAAGGAACAAUCAGAGCCAAUGGUGUUGGGGAGUCGUCAAGCUCGUCCGGUGGGGGAAGCGGUGGAGCCAUCAUUGUGAAGAGCUUAUUCCUCAAAGGAUAUGGAACCAUUGAGUGUCACGGAGGUCCCAGUUAUGAAGGAGCUGGUUCAGGGGGGCGUAUUGCGGUGAACCUCACAGAGAGCUUCAUCUUCGGAGGUGCCUUGACUGCCUUAGGUGGCAGCAGUGGCACCAACAGACAUGGAAGUCCAGGAACAGUUUACAUUGAUGUAAAUGUAGGAGAAGAGCCUUAUCGCGUGAUACAGAUUGAUAACAACAACAGGGACGAUCUGUUGCUAGUGACACUGGCCGAAACGAACACUGCAUUUUAUCGGUUUGAGAGAAUUCACCUAGUCAGGCGAGGAGCACUCGCGAUCAAAGAGGUUUCUGGAAUGGUUUCAGAACUGUACGCCAGAAAAGCCACAGGUGACAAAACGGGCUUGUUACUUGCGUUACAAAAUACCCGGAUAUACGUUGAGACGCACAGCAUUCGCACCGAAGCGCCCGUCAACUACCAAGCGAAUACAGGAGGUCAGAUUGUACUUCCCGUUCGUACCACCCUACGAGGUACCAGGACGUCAGCUCUGACAGUCAACGGUGAAAUCCACGGCAUAGAGGAACUAAGAUUGUCUUCCAAUGUUGCCACCCUUGUAACAGAAAAAGGCCAGUCAGCUUGCCUGGAAUGUAACACCACUUACACAACACCUACCAUCGGCCAUUACUGGUUCAGGAAGCUUAAAAUCUCCCUUGGGGCGAUCUUUGAAGUGCAGAGUUCGUCCCGGAACAUCGCUACCCAAUCGGUGCAUCUCCAUGUUCGUGAAACUGCACUAGACUACACUGGAUCACUCAAAGCCGAUACUGUCAACGUACUGACGGAUUAUUUCAGCAUUGAGUUUGACGCAACCACCGACGCGUCGUAUUCUGGUUGGCCUUCCCAGCAGGGGCCUGGAAGCCUUGGAACCUGCUCAGGAGUAUUUGGGGCUGGUCAUGGUGGCGCAGGAGGUUCCGGAUAUUGGACUGGAUGUGGGCAUUGUCCAAGUAGUUCAACUGCAGGUGGUAGCCCUUACGAAAAUGUAUGUACCGCUGAACAGGCCGGAAGUGGCGGAGGGUGGAGCUCAGCUUCCGGUGGAGGAAUCGCGUACGUAAGUGUUGAGAACCUCUUGGAGCUCGAUGGUUCAAUCAAGGCAGAUGGAAGUGAUGGAGACACUGGGAGAGGCGGGGCGAGCGGUGGAACUCUUUGGGUUGCUGGGAGACACUUUGAAGGACACGGCCACCUUACUGUCAAAGGAGGUAUAGGGAGCUCUCAUUCUGAAUGUUGCAGUGGCAAUCCUUGCCGUACUUGGAAGUAUUACGAUGGUGGUGGGGGUGGAGGGGGACACCUUCGUCACUUCUCACCCGAUCACAUAAGGCGGGACGUUAUUCGAAACAGGGAUGUAUCCGGUGGCGCCAAGGGUGGCGGGAGUGCUGGCAACGGAUACAAUGGACAAAUUUGUUCAGACGGUCACCACUGCAGUGGACACGGAACAUUUUCAGCUCAACAAAGAAAUUGCACGUGCGAUGCAGGAUAUUAUGGCGUGAACUGUGGGUACCACUGCGAUCCCUCAAUCACGUGUCUUGGACACGGACGGUGCGCUGCGUUUGGCGGCUGCGACUGUGAUCCCGGCUAUGUUGGUUAUCGAUGCGAACAUCACUGUAACGCAACACGUGACUGUCAUGGAAAUGGACGAUGCAGCGUGACUGGAAAGUGUGUGUGUGAUCCAUGUUAUACCGGCGAGGACUGUAGGUACGAAUGUUCGGGUAAUGGUAGUUGCAUUGGCGGCAAGUGCAAAUGCAAUCCCUGCUUCAUUGGAACGCAUUGCCAUUCUUUAUGCUCAGGACACGGCUCGUGCAAUAAUGAUACCUGUAUCUGCGACAGUAAAUGGAAGGGCGAUUACUGCGAAGUUCCCAAGUGUCCAAACGACUGCUCUGGAAAUGGCAUAUGCAACAGUGCCCUUCUCACGUGUUUCUGUAACCCGGGGUGGCGUGGCGACGACUGCAGCCAACCUGACUGUCCAGGCGAGCCGGAUUGUUAUAAUCGGGGGACAUGUGCAACCAUAAACGGCACCAUCGUGACGUGCAUUAACUGCUCCAUCGGGUGGAUGGGCCCAGCCUGCGAUGAUCCUUGUGUUCAUGGUGUUCAAGAACCAAUGGACAGUGGAUUUUGCAAAUGCGAACCUUGCUGGGCUGGGAAAGGCUGUGACUCUCUUUGCAUGGGUCGUGGUACGUGUUCGGAAAGCGGCAUUUGCGACUGUGAUCCUCUCAAAGGCUGGCGAGGUGACGUUUGCGAAGUGCCUGGAUGUCCUGGCCUCGGUGAAGAUUGUACUGGUAAUGGUGACUGCAAUAGCGCCAGUCACGAGUGCACGUGCUACCCCGGGUGGGCAGGUAUCGGUUGCCACAUUCCAGACUGCCCUGGCGCACCCAACUGCAAUGACCGCGGGUACUGUAAUGCUACUAUGAGUCCUCCUCAAUGUCAAAACUGCACUCCUGGCUGGAUGGGACCUGCAUGUGCUGACCCAUGCAAGUAUGGAGAACAAGUUCCGAUGGACAGUGGACAGUGCGUCUGUUGGCCAGGAUACUCAGGUGUUGGUUGUGAUAGUGAAUGUUCCGAGCACGGUAAAAUAGUCAACAACAGCUGUAUUUGUGAUGUGGGAUGGCGAGGAGACCUCUGUGAUAACCCAGGCUGUCCUGGUAUUGGAUCCGACUGCACAGGCCACGGAAUCUGCAAUUCAGUCACCCACAUUUGCACAUGUAACGAAGGCUGGGCUGGCCAGGGGUGUGAAAUCCCCAACUGUCCAGGAUCCCCUAACUGCUUUGAACGAGGACUAUGCAACGCUUCUGUAGAUCCCCCUAAGUGUCAAAACUGCUCUAAGGGCUGGAUGGGACCAGCAUGCAAUGAUCCUUGUGUACACGGUCAACAGACUCCAAUGGACAGCGGUAACUGCGUUUGUGAGCCAGGCUGGGUCGGUGUAGGGUGCGACAGUGAAUGCUCAGAACAUGGAACGAUUGUGAAUGACAAGUGCCAGUGUGAUGUUGGAUGGCGCGGAACGUUCUGCGAAAAUCCCGGAUGUCCAGGAGAUGGUGAGGAUUGUUCGGGUCAUGGCGAGUGUAACAGUGCCCUUCAUACAUGUAUCUGCCAGAAUGGCUGGACAGGUGAUGGAUGUCACAUCGCAGACUGUCCUGGAAAUCCAGACUGUGCAAACAGAGGUUUCUGCAACGAAAGCUCUAAUCCUCCGACGUGUACCAACUGUAUAGCUGGCUGGAUGGGUCCUGCUUGUGAAGAUCCUUGCACAAACGGAACACAGGUGCCAAUGGACAGUGGAAAUUGUGUCUGUGAUCACUGCUUCACAGGUCGCGGAUGCAAUGUGGAGUGCACAGGACACGGAAUUUGUGUCGGAAAUAAGUGUCAGUGUGAUCAACUCACUGGUUGGCGAGGCUCCCUAUGUGAAGUGCCUGGAUGUCCAGGUUCUAAUGGAAGAGACUGCAGUGGAAAUGGAAAAUGUGACAGUGCAAACCAUCAAUGCAUCUGUCUACCAGGUUGGACUGGUGUUGGGUGUCACAUCCCUGAUUGUCCCGGUAUUCCAAACUGUUUUGGUCGUGGUCACUGUAACACAACUAAUCGCGUGACACCAGAGUGCACAGACUGUAUUCAAGGCUGGAUGGGUCCAGCUUGCAACGAUCCCUGCGUGCACGGUCACCCUAAAGAUGGUAUAUGCGUCUGUGAUCCCUGCUUCACUGGAAGUGGAUGCCAAAGUGAGUGUUCCGGGUUUGGCGAAUGCAUCAACAACAAAUGUAAUUGUGGCCAAGAGCCAGGAGCUGCUGCUAUGGGGGAAUACUGUGAGCUGCCGGGAUGUCCAGGGCAAUGUACGAGCCCUGAUCAUGGUUUUUGUGACACAAAUUCUAAGAAAUGUAUAUGCGCGCAAGGAUGGGCCGGAGACGAUUGUAGCACCCCAGACUGUCCAGGAAAACCGCUCUGUUCUGGCCAUGGAAGUUGUAGCAACUCAAAUCCAAGAAGGUGCAAUUGUGAGCCGCAGUGGGCUGGUGAGAUGUGCGAACUGCCUUGCAUAAAUGGAACAAACUACGGAAACUCUUCAGGCUGUAUUUGCGACCCGUGUUUCUCUGGAUCUGGUUGUGAUCUUGAAUGCUCGUUACAUGGUAGCUGUGUAAAUGACAAGUGUAUAUGCGAUAAAGACAUGGGAUUCAAAGGUGACGUGUGUGAGAUCGAAAGUUGUCCCGGAUUCCCAUUUGACUGUAGCAAUCAUGGAAGCUGUAACGGAGCGCUCAAGCAGUGCCAAUGCGAUCCUGCCUGGUCAGGUCGGGCAUGCGAUAUUCCGGACUGCCCUGGUACCCCUGACUGCAAUGCGCAUGGCACGUGUAUUGCACCCACAACAGACGAUGAAACACCAAAGUGCAAUUGCUCAAAAGGAUGGAUGGGCGUAGCUUGUGAAAAACCCUGCAAAUUUGGGACUGCAACUAGUGAUCAUAUUUGCGUCUGUGACAAGUGCUACAAUGGGGCUGCCUGUGACAUGCUGUGCUCCAACCAUAGUUCUCAGUGUGUAGAUGAACAAUGCGACUGUGGGUUUAUAGGCUGGCGAGGACAAUAUUGUGAAAAGAAAGGAUGUCCUGGUUACAAGAAAGACUGCUCAGGGCAUGGACAAUGUCUGACGUCUUUACAAACGUGUAUCUGCGAUGCUGGGUGGAGUGGGAUUGGCUGUGAGCAAACUGACUGUCCUGGUGAACCUGAUUGCAACAAUCGAGGUCAAUGUAUACCAGCUGAGACUCCUUACUGUGGUGACUGCGAGCCAGGCUGGGCAGGAAUAGCCUGUGAAACGCCUUGCGUAAACGGCACUCAAAACAAAGAUGAUCCAACCCUUUGUGACUGUGAGCCUUGCUUCAGUGGAAUAGAGUGCGAUGAGUUCUGUUCUUCGAGACCUAAUGCCACAUGCGUUAAUGAGACAUGCUACUGUGGUUUUGAAGGUUGGCGUGGACAAUUUUGUGAAAAGAAAGGGUGCCCCGGUUUGUUCAACCUCGAUUGUUCUGGACGCGGUACUUGUAACAGCGCCACUCAGACGUGUGACUGCAAUCCAGGAUGGGCUGGACGGGGAUGUGAGGAGCCUGCUUGCCCCGGUACCCCAAUGUGCGGAGGCCAUGGUACUUGUGAGACGUUUGGAUUCACAUCUUUCUGUUCUUGUGAUAAAGGGUGGAUGGGUCGAGCCUGUGAGACUGAAUGUGAACAUGGUACUCCCCAAGAAACAAGCGAUGGUUUAUUUGUCUGUCAGUGUCAUGAUUGCUACAGUGGUGUAUCGUGCGACCAGGAGUGCUCUGGACAUGGCAAUUGUACAAAUAAUACAUGCGACUGUGGAUUUGAAGGCUGGCGAGGUUCCACGUGUGCCACGAAAGGUUGUCCUGGCUGGGGAUCUGACUGCUCUGGCCAUGGCUCCUGUAUUACUGCUUUAGGUCUAUGUUACUGUAGACCCGGCUGGUCUGGUGUAGGUUGCCAUAUACCCCAGUGUGCAGGCGGUGGAAAUUGUAGUGGGCAUGGAAUCUGUGAUGGACUGGCUCACGAUCCUCCAGUUUGUGUCUCGUGUGACACGGGUUACAUGGGAGAAGGUUGUAACCAACGUUGCAUUAAUGGCACAGUAAUUAAGUCUUCAAGCGGAGAUACGUGUGAAUGUGGAGCCUGUCAUACUGGAGUUGACUGUGGCACGGAAUGCAAUGGUCACGGCAAGUGUGAACAGGGCGUUUGCGUUUGUGACAGCGGUUGGAGAGGGGCUAAAUGUGAAACAGUGGGUUGUCCAGGCCAAGGGGUAGACUGCAGUAAUCAUGGUGUCUGUUUGCUAGUUACACAGCAGUGCGAUUGCUUUAAUGGAUGGAAAGGAGAGGGCUGUGAUGUCCCCGACUGCCUUGGUGUGCCAGAUUGCAACGCACUUGGAACUUGCUACGGAGGCGUCGAUCCCCCUAUCUGUGUGAAUUGUACAAACAACACGAUGGGUCCUUCGUGUGAAUUCCCGUGUGUACACGGCAACGAAUAUCCACCAAACAGCGUUAUUUGCCAAUGUGAUCCAUGUUACACCGGACUGGCUUGUGACAUCGAAUGUUCUGGACAAGGAACUUGCAGACAAGGUGUUUGUGACUGUGACCCAGGAUGGAAGGGCCAAACCUGUGAAACGUUAAACUGCCCUGGAGAACCAGACUGCAGUGGACGAGGAGCUUGCGUGCAACAAGGCUCUCCUGCCACGGCAGUGUGCCUCUGUAAUCAAGGAUUUGAUGGUGAUGAUUGCAGCAAACUUGUCUGCCCUGGUCAACCUAUGUGUAGUGACAGAGGGAACUGUACGCUGAUGGGUGACAUUCCAACCUGUGCAUGUAACCAUGGCUUUGAUGGGAGCUCGUGCGAGCGUUGCCUACCUCAGUUUACUGGAUCUGAAUGCGAAAAAUGCGUAGCGAACUAUAUUGGAUGGGCAGUUGGCUGCGACGUUUACUGUGUCCAUGGCAAUGGAACGGGGCAAAACAAAGACAUAUGCACGUGUCAUAAUGACUCACAGUUGGGCUACUGGAAUGGAACAAGCUGUGACCAAUGUGUCUUUGGCUGGGGUUUACCGACCUGUACAGUCUGCGAUGAGGCACACGUAGGAGAGAGGUGUAAUGUCGAUUGCGUCUCUACGCAUGCUCAGUAUCGUGACAAACUGGACGGAGGUUGGGGUAAACACCCAGUGGAACCCUUUCUGAAUUGCCUGUACAACACCGCUCAAGGCGACGUGUUUGCUUGGUUUGGUUACCGGAACAGAAAUCCUCACAACGUGUACUUGAACACAGGACCGAGCAACUUCUUCUCGAGGCCUUAUCUAAAUAUUGUUCCAGGUGGAUUGAGCGGAUUUGUUCGCAAACUCAGUGGCUCUGACAAUACUACCAGUAGCCUGAUCCCAUUAUCAACUGAAGAUUAUGGUCAACCUCAAAAGUUUGCACCGGGUAGACAUGACAAAGCUUUUAUAGUAAGAUUGCAAGACUCGUAUCCAAUAGCCUGGAUUGUAGCAUUUCCAGUAUCCAACGAGAGAAAUGCAGCGGUAGUAGAUUCGUCUAUGGUCCACUCCAUGAGAUGUACAGACAGUGAGGCUCAGAUGAACAAUAUAUCUAGUGAAACCUACACAUGUUCAUGCAACGAUGGACACUGGGGUCUAGCAUGUCAGUAUGAUUGUCCUGGUGGGCCACUUACGCCAUGUUUUAACAAUGGUCUCUGCAAUAAGACCACGGGAUUGUGUUCGUGUGACCCUAACUGGCGCGGAGACGUCAACUGCACCACCUGCUCGGACGGUUGGCAUGGCUUGGAUUGUUCAGUCGUCGUGCAAAGUCCAAACAACCAGACCGCGGCGGCAUUUGGACAUGGUUACUUCAUUACACUUGACGGAACUGGGUACAAGUUCCUGGGAAAUGGAGAAUAUCACCUGAUACUGUCUCAGUCGUUAGAGAUCCAGGUUCGGAUGGUCCCGUGUUUUUCAUCGAGUUCGUGUUUCAACGCUGUAGCAAUAAAGAUCGAACAGAACACGUUGUUGGUCCAUUCAAGGUUUGCUAAUCAAGAAGAGCCUAUCGUGUUUGCCAAUGGGAGGAGAACGUAUUCUCUUGAGUUCGACUUUGGCCCAGCAAAUCAAAAGUUCACGUUUAAACGAAUAUCCCGGUUACAGUUUGUACUCUCCUCGAUUUACGGUGUUCAGCUCAUAAUCCGCUUGUACGACCGAUAUCUUGAUGUCCACUUACGCGUUGACAAUCAGACUUAUUGUCAGGCCAGCCAGGGACUUUGGGGCAACUGUAACUCCAACUGGUAUGACGAUUUAUCUAGCAGAGACGAUAGACUAAUUACAGCAACAAAUGUCUCGCAAUCAUACAUUCACGAGCUCUAUGGAACGUCUUGGCAAGUAGCAGAGAAGGACAGUUUGUUUGCCUAUGACAUCAACAACUACCACGAAAAAAGAGAACUUUACGGUGGAGGCUAUGCAUUGCAUUUCAAUAACUCCGGUGCGCACACUGGAGAAAUCUACAGUUUCACGUCUUCAGACAUCACCAUCGAAUUUAUGGUUCGUGCUGAGAGUCAAAACGGUACGCUUCUCUCGUACACCAGCACAAAGAUGUUUGCUGUGGUAUUUGACUCUGGUAAGAUCAAACUACGCUAUGAAGACACCACUUUAGACACGCUGGCAGUCAUUCACACACACAAAUGGAACCAUAUUGCUCUGGUCUGGUCUGUAUCGACUCGAAUUCUCCAAUUCUACCAAUUAUACUACAACGAUGACGGCGGACAACGAGUACACAGCCGAAACUUUCCCAUUCCGAGUAACGUCAAUGUGUUUCAACCGGGAGGAACUCUUGCCUUAGGGUACUGCCAGCCAGCACCAGGAGGACUAAAAAUACCACUGAAGGAGGGUUUCAUCGGACAAAUUGAUGAAGUGCGAAUUUGGAAUCAAAAGCUGGACCCGUUUACUAUUUCGGCUAACUGGAGAAAAAAUCUGGGCUGUCGUCUACCGAUUCAAAACCUUGCAAGUCUUUGGAAGCUCAACGAAGGCGAUGGCACAGUAGCGCAUGACUGUGUGUCCAGCGCCCAUAUAAGAUUUCGAUCAGGUAUCUGGCAAGGGCCAACAUGGGUGUACUCUACAGUUGACAUCGCGAACUUUUCAGUUGACAUUGAGACCGCAUACAGCUUCAGAUUUGGUAGCACCUGGAUGAAUGUACAGCAGACAUGUUACAACCUAAUCUUUGCUUCGUCGCUGAGAUCACAGUACACCGUGCUGAAUACUGCAACGCGAUGGUUUUAUCACAUGUCAUGCGUAACAUCCGUUACCAGAAGUAGCCAUUAUAGUGAUGCUUACUGGCCAUUAAUGGCUCUAUCAGAUUUCUAUCAACUGUUUGCAGAGCACUCUUCGUGGUAUGCUCAGAGCUUGUGUCGCCAUGUAUCUGUUGUUAACUUCCCAGAGUGGUAUGGUGUAAACUGUGCCCAACAGUGCAAAUUUGGCCUUCCAGGAAACAACAGCCGUGACAGCAGCUGUGUCUGUAUGAAAGGAUUCUACGGUGUAAACUGUUCAAGAGAAUGUCCCGGUGGUUACAACGUUCCAUGUAGCGCCCAAUCACCAUGCAAUAAUUUCACCGGAAAAUGCUCCUGCCCAGUUCAAGCAAACUCCACUCGUGACUGUAGCGUCUGUUCUCCAGGAUGGGUUGGAGCUGACUGUUCUGUGGCACUCGGAGGAAAUGUCAGCAAUGUAGACAACGUCACAUGCCAGGGAUUUGGAGCAGCGCACUACACAACCUUUGACGGCGCUGGCUACACUUUUGGCACCUAUGGAGAAUUUUACUUGAUGAAAACCAAUGAGUUUACAGCUCAGGUCCGACAAAUCCCCUGUAUGAGUGGUUCGUUUUGCAUUUCAUCAUUGGCAAUGAAAACGGGUUCAACACAGAUCACAGUUAGAGCUUCUUACAACGGCAGUGGAAUGCCACUAGUCUGGUUCAACCGUAGACUGACAGACACAACAUCUCUAAACCUGGAAAAUGACUUUAUAUUUCGUAGAGUUUCUCCACAGACGUAUGAAAUCAGAAAAGAUAGACCUGACAACAUAUUACUAAGAGUGAAAGCUUGGAAGAAGUAUCUUUCCUUCGAGAUAACUUCUGCCGGUUCUUUGUGUACUGUUGCUUCUGGACUUUGUUCCUCAUGCGACUCAAGCAUCGCAAACGACUUUACAAACAGUACAGGUACGGUGUAUUGGGGUCAUACCAUCUCACAGCGUACGAUAAUUGACAUCUUUACCUCCCAAUGGACAGUGUCCGCAAUUGACUCACUGUUUGUAUUUGGCUACACGAGCUAUAACGAACAACGAGAAAUUACUGUGAAUGGAUACGCACUGAAGUUUAAUGGUACAAUUGCUUCCACCGGUCCUCUAAAUACCGCUUUCGUAAAAGGCCAAGACUUUACUCUGCAGCUAUUUGUUAAAGUUGAUGCUCUUGGAGGUACAAUCAUAUCUUAUGCAAAAGGAUUCACUUUUGCCAUCGUGAACGAUGUCAGCGUUAAAAUUUAUGUCGGUGGAGUUUCGUACGACAUGGGAAUCACACUGCCUCUGGGAUCCUGGAUUCAAGUUUCUAUCGCAUACAGUUCCUCUACAGGUGUUCUAGACUACUACCAGUUAGAUGCUCAAGGUGACCUUUUUACCAAACAGACCUACCUAGGACCUGACUUGUUUACUUCCGGUGGCACUUUAUGGCUUGGCCAGUGGCACAUAACACAAGAACAUAUCACUGGUGUACCACUGCAUCCAUUCUUUGGAAGCAUAGAUGAAGUUCGCAUCUGGACCUUUGCACUGGACACUAUUCUUGUUCGCCAGAGUUUCCUUGUUGUUAUACCAGAAGAAUUACCGACGCUAAGUGCCCUGUGGCUUUUUGACGAGGGCUUAGGCAGAGUGGUUAGCAAUCGUAUAUCCGGCUCCUCAGCCAUGUUCCUUCCUAAGGUAAUCAGCCGUCAACCGUUGUGGCAGUUCUCGUAUGUCCGGGAUGUGUUUCCAUCGAUAGUUGUUAGUUCAACUGUGCAGUUUACGAACAUCACCUUUGGAAUUCUAGCCGAUAAUCUGUGUUUUGAGCUUAUUUACGACACCCAAUUACAAACACAGUGUGGUCAGCUACUGAACGCGGCCGUUCCUCAGUUUUACUUCAAGGCAUGUGUUUACGAUAUUCAUUCCUCUAGUUCUUUGGACACCGCCUAUAUUGCAUUAUCUGCCUAUGCAGACUACUGCCAGUCUAUUCUCCAUCUUCCUUCAUGGCCAGCUCAACUCCUGUGUCAUCAGUUUCCCAAGAGCUUUCCUCAGGGAUGGAUUGGUCCCGACUGUUCCUAUAAGUGUGUUUUCGGAAAUGUAGACAGAAACAAUGCUAGCUUGUGUGUAUGCAGUCCAGGAUACUGGGGUGAAGACUGUGCCAGUGAGUGCCCAGCAGGCGGAAACAAUCCUUGUAACCAGCAUGGCAAGUGUGACGUCAAGACAGGAGCCUGUGAAUGUGAUUUGAACUGGCGAGGAAAUAACGACUGUAGUAAUUGUACACCUGGCUGGACAGGAUCUGAUUGCGCCGUGGCUGUGGCAGUAUCGCAGUUGCCGACAUGUUCUGCUUUCCUUGGAGGACACUUUACCAACUUCGACAGCGCUCACUUUAACUUUUUUGGACUCGGGGAAUUUUGGUUCGUCAGAAGCGCCCACUUCAAUGGCCAGCUAAGACAAGUUCCAUGUCACAAUGGAGAAUCUCGUUGCAUUAAUGCAGUAGCAUUUUCUUUCAAGUACGGAUGGAAAAUAGUAUUUCACGCACCAUAUGAGGAGACCGAGCGGCCGGUUAUUUGGAUAAAUGGAAGUGUGACAGAGUACAGUUCAACAACGCUUCAAAUUGCCAGUGAAGUCUUCUUAGAGCAGACAUCUUCAACUACAUACGUUCUUAGCAAUGUACUAGAAGAUCUCAAGUUUCAACUUCGAGUUUCAGGAAGAGGACUUAUCAUUGCAGGCCAUGUUGAGCAAUCGCUGUGUAACGGUACAAAUGCACUGUGCGGAAACUGCGACGGAAACAGAGACAACGACUUCAAUGUGACAGGUGGUGGUUCUCUGGAAGAAACGUGGCGAGUUUCUAUCGACGAAAGCCUCUUCUUCUACCACUAUGGAACUUACAACGAAGAAAGAGUUACAACAGGUGCUGAAUACGCCUUAAAGUUCAAAGGGGUUGGUGUUUGUAGUGAUCUCAUGCCUGAAGUCUUAAAUGCUUCUGUCAUUACCGCAGAACUCCUGUUUAAGAUGUUUACUGGACGAAAUCCUGGAGGUGUACUCUUAACCUACAGCAAAACAAUAACGCUGACAGUGUUUAUUCAGGUAACCCUAAAAGUACGCAUUGGGGUGGAGAUCUGGGACACAGGUUUUUCUCCAGAAGUUGAGGCCUGGAACCGAGUCACCCUUGUUUACUACAACAGCACUGGGGCAAUACAUUUUUAUUACAUCAAUUCCAUUGGUAUUGUUCGUCAAGCCACAGGAACCAUGAGUGCCGGUGCGUUAUACACAGGAAGCAUGAUCUCCAUUGGGCAGUGGAUACCAGCUCUUGAAGGGAACACAGCGGAGAACGAUAAACUGCCAGGUUUUGUUGGAUUGAUCGAUGAGGUACGCUUCUGGAACCGUGAAUUUAGCCUGCAAGAUGUCAAGACAAGCUGGAGAGUAAACGUGAUUUCUAGCGCUCUUCAUAUUGCAAUUUUGUGGAAGUUCAACGAAGGACAGGGUGACGUCAUACACGACCUGGUGAGCGGAGUCCACUUGUACAUUCCAUCCGUACGUAGGGCACCUAAAUGGAUCUUCAGUUACGCGAAUGUUAAGAUUCUUCCUGUAACCACUGAAAUAAAGUUCAAAACGAGCGACAUGAGAAUCAAAGCAGAAACGUGGUGCCAUGAAAACAUCCAGGAAUCACCUGUUGGUAUCGCCUGCGGCGGGCUUGGUGGUGGGACAGUAGCUUUCUAUGUAAGAGCUUGUUUACGAGUCAUUGCUUCAACUGGUCAGGUAUCCUUUGGAUUAAAUGUCGUGGUGGCUUUUGCAGACACGUGCCAAGUACAAGCUAACCUAACUGUGUGGCCAGCGCAACAGAUGUGCAAGUAUGAAGUGUUCCGAAAUUCAAGACUCAUGAACUGGAUAGGAGUGAAUUGUGACAUUUCUUGUCUCUACGGAUAUCAACCUACGGGAUUGGUUGGAAGUUGCAAGUGUGACCGGGGUUUCUGGGGACAGCUGUGUGGUGGAGUAUGCCUUGGUGGACCUGUGAACGUAUGUAGUGGGCAUGGACGUUGUUUAGGUGGUAGUGGAAGAUGUCGCUGUAGGAGAAGGUGGCGCGGAGCACUUGACUGCAGCCAGUGCACUCCUGGUUUCCUUGGUAAAGACUGUUCAGCUUCUGUUACAGCACCUACGGAAGAGCUCCCAAUAACGUCGGUCUUUGGGACCGGUUACUACGUGACUUUAGAUGGCGUCAAGAUCAACGUAAAUGUAGCUGGUGAAUUCAAGGUGUUGGCCUUGGUUCGUUAUGGACUCAGCAUCCAGUUUCGGCAAGUUCGAAUCGGAAGUUACGUACGUGUAAGAUGUGUAAUUGUGCGUGUAGGGGAUAAUGUGAUGGCAAUCCACAGCAGUAUUGGAAUCGGGGGCCAGGUCUUGGUUACACUCAACGGCUCCCCUGUCAGCUACAAGAGCGUGAUUUCACUUGGAAUUUCAGGAUUUGUGUUUAAACGGACGUCCCUCAACAGGUACGUGGUGACUGGUCCAGGAGGUUUCAACUUUGUUAUCAAUUCCCUCACAGUACACUUCGAUGUCUCCAUAACAAUGAACAGAUGGUUGUGUCAAGAAGUCUGUGGUCUCCUCGGGAGGUGCCGCGACCCUGAAUCAAGCGUGCUGCCCUCAAACUGCACAGCUGGAGGAAUUUUAGAUACGCAUGAUAUAUCAACUGUAACUCAAGACAUCUUGAUCUCCUACGUGACCUCGUGGUCUGUCCCUCGAAACGAGAGCUCUUUUGGUCCCAUACUAAACAUCUCUGGCGAAUCACUAUCGACUAGCGAAGGAGGAAGCUGUCUCUACUUUAAUGGCACGUCUGUCAUCACUGCACCUCUGGUGAAUGUUUUUGUUGGUAAUUACAUCACUAUCCAGUUCUUUGUGAAGGCAAAGGAUCCGCGUGUGUACGGUGGUACUAUUAUUUCAUACGCCCUCAGUGAAACUUUUGCAAUAGCUGUGAAUAUGACUGUCAUGAUUCACUUUGGUACUACAGUCAUUGACACUGGACUUGUGCUUGAAACAGAGCUUUGGAACCACAUAUCAUUUGUCUACAGGCGGAGCUCGGGUCUUGUUCAGUUCUACCUCAUUAACUCAAUAGGCGUCAUUCAAACAAGAGUCUUCUUCGUUGGUGUAGGAAUAUUUGCCGAAGGUGGUACCUUAGCCAUUGCUCUUUGGCAGGUGACCAAAGUGUCCCUCUCCCUGCCUGGCUUUGUGGGCUGGGUGGACGAGUUGAGCUUCUGGAACAAACGAUUCGAUUCUGUUAUGAUACAGCAAACCUGGAAUACCAAUCUCGUAGCAGAAACACCAGGGAUUGCGCUCUUAUGGAAGUUCGAUGAAGGAAGUGGCUUUGUGUGUCGCGCGACAGUAGGAUCGUUAGAUUUUAGUCUUCCUACCCCGCCCUGGAGAAGCCCAAUUUGGUAUCCUUCCGAUGCCAUUAAAGAAACCAACGUUUUCAUCACAUCAGAUCCCUCUGAAGAAGAAGCUGACAACGUAACCCAAGAGCUGUGUUCAGAUAUUUUCCUUAAAGGUCCUCUAUACAAUGAGUGCUCAAACGUGACUGGAGGAUCCGAAUUUUACUACGAAGCUUGCAUUUCCGAAGUGUCUACGUCAAGAAAGCUCGACUCAGCUCUUACAACAGCAGCUGCCUUCGCAAAGGAGUGCCAAGCCGCCCUGAACCUUUCAACUUUGCCGGGAGCAGGUCUUUGCAAUAUUCUUCCAGGAGGACGUUAUAAUGAUUGGGUUGGAACAAACUGCACAACUAAGUGUAUCGUUGGACAAUACUUUGAUGGAACGUGCAAAUGUGACAGUGGGUACUGGGGGGUGAACUGCUCCAAUGAGUGCCCAGGAGGAGCUGGGAACCCUUGUUUUGGAAAUGGACAAUGUGAUGUAGAAACUGGUGAAUGCAAGUGUCAUCCAAAUUGGCAAGGAAAUGAAUACUUCUGCAUAUGCGAUCCAGGGUUUUAUGGCAUAAACUGCUCUGGAAUUUGCCCAGGAGGGAGUGGACGAGCAUGUAACAAUCAUGGAAUCUGCGAUGUCGUAACUGGAAAAUGUUCAUGUGAGCUUAAUUGGAAAGGAAAUGAAAACUGCUCAGCUUGUGCUCGUGGUUGGGCUGGGACAGAUUGUUCGACAGCAGUCACUCAGUGGCCAUCUGGAAGUGUUUUGGUUGGAGUUGGGACAGUGUCACUUGGCGGACAGUUUACAUCACUCAGUGGAAUCAGUUACAGCCUUUACAUUACAGGGGAGUAUUAUCUUAUUUACUCUAUCCAUCUGUCCGUCGUUGUGCAAAUUCGUCUGGUAUCGUGCUUCCAACAGCUAUCUUGCGUCAAUUCCAUCGCGCUUAAAAUAUCUUCGCACAAAGUUGUUUUACAUGGGCCUUAUACAUCUGGUGGAAACCUUAUCGUCUGGUUAAAUGGUAAAGUCAUCGACAUUGAUUUGCAUCGAAUCACUCUUCAAAGCUACGGUUUUGAGGUCAACAAGAUCACAGCUUAUCUCUGGGAGGUCAAAUAUGCAGGGCUAUACCUGAAAAUACGUGUGACAGGACGCUACUUGACCCUAAGUGCAAGCGCAUCGGGUUUGGUGUGCAAGUCCGCAAUUGGCCUACUAGGCUCUUGUAACCAGGGAUUGCUGGAAUCGCUCGUGUCUUAUCAUCCAACUAAAAACUGUUCUGAAGGAAGCUUUAUGUUCAACGUAAGCGGAAACCAGCCCAACAAUUUCCACCAAGCAGAGGACUCGUCACUUGAAACGAAUGUGUCCGAUAGCAAGACCAAGACCCAAGAGGUUAUAAAAACCCUUAUUACCACCAAGCUCAAGGUCAAAGAAUGCCACAGUUUGUUUCAAUAUAAGUACAAGGACGUUGUAGAAUAUCGCGAUGCAAAUGCCGGGUACGCACUUUACUUUGACCACACUACAGUGGUCUCGGGAGUAAUCUACAAAGCAUUCUCUUUCACGGACAUAACAGUAAAGCUCAUGUUCAAAACAGUCCGGUACGGGGUUAUCAUAUCCUAUACUACGAGUAAGACCUUUUUUGUAACUAACACAGGAGGAAAGUUUACAAUCUACUACGGAGACAACGUGUACCAUACAAAUAUCGCCUCGGAGCUUAAUAAAUGGAACCAGAUUAGCCUUGUGUUCCGAAAAUCCACUUUAAUAUUGCACUUCUACUACUUUUCGUCUGGAGGCCAGUUGCAUCGCCUUGAUAUCAACAUUGGUUUCGAUAUCUUUGCUCCAGGGGGCAUCAUCGCUUUGGCUAGUUGGAUACCAUCUCUGGACGGCUCCGGAAUUCAGCCUGUUGACUUCUUUGCUGGAUUCAUAGAUGAAGUGCGUAUAUGGACGCGCUAUUUCCAUCCUGCGUUCAUUCUGCAGACCUGGAACAGAUCGGUGAGCGUUGAAACGCAAGAUCUCGCGCACGCAUGGAAGUUUAACGAAGGUGAAGGAAUCGAAGCUGUAGACAAAGUAACCGGUAUGAAACUCGAGCUUCCUUUUAAGCCAUGGAGGAAACCGGAAUGGAAGUAUUCCGAUGUAGUGUUGCAACUGCCUUUCUACGAUAGAGAACAAGAUUUCCCCUUUAAGAACAAAACCUUACAAACUGAAGCUGAACUUUUCUGUAACAGAACGUUGUUAAUGGGACCACUGUAUUCAAACUGUCACUCCUUGGGACCAGGCGUGUCUAUGUUUUACUUCAGGUUUUGCCUCCGAAGAAUUGCAAGCUUUGGGUCUUUGUACAUGUCCAUGGAGGUUAUUAUUGCGUAUGCUGACUACUGCCAGGCCAUCAACAACCUAACGGUCUGGCCAGCCAAACCACUUUGUAAUGAAUUUCUUGGACGUGAUUUUCCUAUUUGGUUUGGAGAGCGUUGCGACAUGAAAUGCGUCUUUGGUAAGAAGCUGGACUCUGAGAGUUGCGUAUGCGACCAUGGCUACUGGGGUUCAGAGUGCGCAAACCCGUGUCCCGGAGGAGCUGCAACACCAUGUAACAACAACGGAGUGUGUAACAGCGUCACAGGGGAAUGUGAAUGUACUGCUAAUUACAAUGGAACACUAGACUGUGGCAAGUGCUCCUCAGGGUGGACUGGGUCCGACUGUUCCCUUGCCCUGGUGUCUCUGAACUGGUUGCAACUCUCCAUUGCAAUAUCAUCGACUGGAGGUCAUUACGUUACUUUUGACGGCUACAGCUUUACUCUCGUGGCAGUUGGUGAAUACUACCUGAUAAAUAUACCUCAUAUGUCAUUCCAGGUGCAAGUGCGUCAUGUGCCCUGCAGAUUGCACUCGGUUUGUGUCAACGCAAUUGGAAUACGGGUUUCCUCGACCGUGAUAUCUUUUCAUGCCCCCUACACUACUGAUGGAGCUCCAGUUAUUUGGGUCAACGGAAAGCUCAUUCUUUUGUCAGGACUGGUCACAAAUCUUGGUUCCCUCCAUCUUGGGAUCCAACUCAAGUACGAGGGACACAGUCACUACCAGAUUGCAUGGAAGGACAAUUUUGCCAUACGCAUUCGAAUUGAUGGGCGGUAUUUGAGCUUCAAAGUAGACGUCAAGUCGCCGUACUGUUAUAACUCGACUGGCUUACUUGGGUCAUGCGAUAAUGAUCCUAGCAACGAUCUUACAGUUAGUUCCAACGCGAGCAUCACUCCUGGAAACACGACCCAGUCAGCAAUAAAUGUAGAGGUUGGAAGCCAUGCUCUUGUACUGGAAAUAGACAGCCUGAUUGUUUUGACGUUCGAACACUAUCAAGAGACACGAUUACCAUCCGGAGGUAUAUACGCUCUGGUCUUUAACCAAACGGGGGCUUCGUCAAGACCACUGACGAAGACAUUUGUUGCCAACGUAGAUAUUACAAUUGAAAUCCUCCUAAAGCCCUACCAGCUCGGCGGAACAGUUUUCUCCUAUGCAGUCCUGCAAACGUUCGCUAUAACAAUAAAACAUUCCAUCACGAUACACUUUGGCAAAACGAUUAUUGAUACGGGUGUCAAUGUAACUAUCAACCAGUGGAGUCACAUAUCACUUGUUUGGCAUCACGAGACACAAAUACUAGAGUUCUAUCACUUCAACUUUGAAGGAAAGGUGCAACGAAGAUCGUACGUUCUAUCCUCCAAUCCAUUCACACCUGGCGGUAUUCUGUCACUGGGACAAUGGGAGCUGUCGCCUGGAGACAAUGAAACCUACACAGUGAACUCAUUCGUUGGCAUCAUUGAUGAAAUCCGUGUCUGGAAGCGAGCAUUCAAUCCAGCUCUGAUACUGCAAAACUGGCGCAUGAAUGUUGUGCCCACACAUCCCGAUGUCACAGGGCUCUGGAAAAUCAACGAAGGUGAAAGUGACGUCAUUGUGAACCUAGUAACAGACGAAAAUAUCUAUCUGCCAAGAUCUCCAUGGCAACAGCCUACGUGGGUAUUUUCUGAUGCUGACGUUAAGACGAAUUUAACCUCAUCUGAAAAACCUUUUGAUAUGCAUUUUCCCAACAAGACGCUAGAGGACAAUGCUAUGUCUUUUUGCUACGAACUUUUUUACAAGAGCACACUUUACGAUUACUGCGACCUUCGUUUGAAAGCUGAACUGGAAUACCACUAUCUCGUUUGCCUGAAAGACAUAGCAACCACCGGCCACAUCCGUGCAGCUCUUGUAGCCGUUAUCUCUUUCUCGGAUCAUUGCCAAGCGGUCCUCAACUCCAGCACCUGGCCAGCUCAGUCACUUUGUAACAAGUUCCCUGGAGCUCACUUUCCAGUAUGGAUUGGGGAGAGAUGUGAUGUGAAAUGCAUCUUUGGUACUGCGGAUCCCAGAGACCGUAACCUUUGCAUCUGCAUGAAAGGCUACUGGGGUAGUGACUGUUCUCAGACAUGUCCUGGCGGGCUUUUAAAUACAUGUGGUGGACACGGAUGGUGUGACACAACCACAGGACGAUGCCAAUGUGACGUGAAUUGGGAGGGUGAUGCAAACUGUACCAGUUGUAGUCCGGGAUGGAAUGGAACAAACUGUCAAUUUGCUGUCAAGCUUGUCACCGGCGUAACAACGAAAACUGUAGUGACUGCAUCCAUUGGGGGAUAUGGUUACUUUACAACAUUCUUUGGAGUGAGCUUUACCUAUAGAGUGGUUGGUGAAUUCUAUCUGUUGCAGUCCACUCUAUACAAUUUCGUCAUCCAGCUUCGACAGGCUCCAUGUGUUACGGAUGCAACCUACACCUCGCUUUGCACAACAGGCUUUUCGUUUGGCCUUGGUGGAAACCACAUUGUCAUUCGUGCACCAAUCACAACUUUUUCAAGGACAGUUUCCGUCUUUCCUUUGGUUUGGUUAAAUGGCAAGUUUGUUGAAGUUGACCACAGAACUCAACUAUCCGCCGAUUUCAUCAUGGUACGCAUUUCCACUGUCACGUUUCAUAUAUACGGUCCGAACGGAAUCAAGUUUGUGCUAACUGUGGGACACAGCCUUAGUGUAACAAUUAAUGUGCCAGCCAUCUUCUGCCAAAACGCAACAGGCCUACUUGGUUCCUGCAAAGACCACUCCUUUAACGGAACGAGCAGUCUUGAAUCGUACAUCACCUCUCUGAAGAUUAGUUCAGUAGUUAAUAAGUCACAAACAUUGUUUAUUUACAAGUAUUUACAGUACCUAGAACACCGCAGACCUACUGGCGCCGGAUUCAAUUUAUUCUUCAGAGAUCAUUCUGUUCGCUCGGGUCCGAUGUAUUUUCCUCUUGUGGAUGUCCUGACCUUUGAACUGCUCAUAAAAGCCCAGCAAUCAGGAGGAGUCAUCUUCUCCUAUUUAAGCCAAAGCAUUUUUGCUGUAAUUGACAAUGUGACAUUGGCAGUUGUCUACAAAGGGACCGUUUUCCAUACCGGAUUCAAGCUUGAAAUCAACCAGUGGAAUCAACUCACUAUUGUAUUCAAACAACUUGUUGGCGUCCUUCACUUUUAUCAUUUCAGUUCCUCUGGAGACGUUAAAGUUCGAGUGUUCAGGCUGGACAGUCACGUUCUUACAAAUGGUGGAGUCUUGGCCUUAGGGCAGUGGCAGCCAUCCCCUAGUUCAGACACUCUGCUCCCUGAAUCAAGCUUUGUAGGCGAAAUCGACGAGUUCCGCAUCUGGAAAAGACGGACAAAUCCAGACCUUGUGAAAGUCAACUGGAGAUUAAACGUUCAAGUUGAAACUUAUCCAGAUCUGCUGCACCUCUGGAAAUUCAACCAAGUGGAAGGAAGAAUCAUUCGCGACUUACUUGGGAAAAGUGACCUGUUAAUGAUUAAGUUUCAUGAGCCACGCUGGUCGUUCUCGGAUGCUGAUAUCCCCCCCUUGAAGCCUGAAGGAAUUACGUUUGUUAACGUUCAUUUACGGCGAGAAGCAGAAUCGUUCUGUUUCAGUCUUAUUCUCAGCGGACCGCUGUACACUCGAUGCGAAGGUCUUAGUCUUCAAGUAGCACAGUUUUACUACAAAGUGUGCCUUCAUGACAUCUCAGUAUCUAUGAAGUUACACUCCGCUUUCUACGCUAUCGUUUCUUUCGCCGAUUUUUGCCAGAGUUCUCUAAAACUAAAGGAGUGGCCUGCAAAAGAACUUUGCCAUCACUUUGUCGACCAACGAUUUCCAUACUGGAUCGGUUUACAUUGCACCACACGAUGUGUCUUUGGCUAUUCCAUCCCAGAUGUAAACGCGACAGAAGGCGUCUCUUGUAAGUGUGAGCCGAGCUACUGGGGAACGGACUGUUCAAACCUGUGCCCGGGUGGGCUGAGGAGAACGUGUAACGGACACGGCGUUUGCAGUGUAACCAAUGGUACAUGUGAGUGUGAACCACACUGGAAUGGCAACGUCACCAUCCCGUUCGAUGAAAGCAGUCCCAAAUUACCAUUGCCAUGCAGCAAGUGCACGGCCGGUUGGAUGGGCGCAGACUGCUCCAUCGCAGAAGAAUCCUCCAUACUGAAUUCCACCGAACCAGGAGUGGCUAUAAACUUUGGUGAUCCGCAUUUUACAAGUGUAACAGGAGUGAACUUUCACUUUGAAGCACCCGGUGCGUACCAGCUUUUCAAUUCAUCUGUAGUUGUCGCACAAGUACUGCUGGUUCCAUGCAAUAACAGAAUGUCCUGCAGGCGAAUUAGCGAAAUUGCUCUGCGCACCGCGAAAACAGAGGUGUCGGUUAGCUACAGCGAUCUAGAGACAAUCGAAACGAGGAGCCUUGACAUUACAAGUAAUAUAUCUUCGAAGCUUUCCAACUCUAACGAUUGGGUUGAGGUAGCUGAUGUCAAAUACCGCUGGCUCACAAGUAAUAUUCUGGAGGUUGGUUUCCCAGAGGAAAUUCAAUUUAACAUUCUUACCUACAACGGAACCUUGGGAACGGCUAUUCAAGUUCCAAGGCCUAUGAGAGCCCAAACAGAUGGCAUCUGUGGCGAGAAAGAGAGCGGCUGGAUAAGAGAACAGAGCAAGAAAAACAUUUCGCUGCACGAAACGGCAGCAAACGCCUCCAACAGUGAAAAACUAGAUGAUAAUCAGCUUAGCCAAGAGACCCUUGAUCAAAAAUUCACCACGGAAUUCAAAAUAACGGAUAAAGACAAUUUCCUGACAACCAAGCACGCCUCGCGCAGUUUCUCUGGAGCUGGUUACAUGCUGGAGUUCUCGUCAAGCAACACAGCCGUUAUGUUCGCAAGCAACACGAGCUUACCACUUCUAGACGAGUUUACCAUUGAAAUAUGGGUCUGCUUAGUAAAUGCAGACUCGAGCGUUUCCCAACUUUGCUCCUCGAGCCAGAAAGGAGCUACUGAACAAGUCACUGGAAGUCACGCUCUCUUUUCUGUCGCCACUACUAGUGGAGACUUUGCUAUCAUUUGCAAAGACGGAUUACAAGUGAGGUGGGACAAGAAGCAAGUUACAUCAGGUAUUAACAUCAACGAAGGUGUCUGGACGCAUUUAGCUGUGACAUGGAGAACAAUCGAUGGCCGGCUACAAACGUUUACUUACUCCGAUGGCGAACAUCGACAAUCAACAGCCUUUGGCGUGAUGACUGGAAAGCAGUUAUCUUUAGAUGGUUUGUUAGUUCUGGGACGUUACAUGCGAGGCUACAUGGUAGACAGUGAAUACGACUUGCAUGGUGCUUUGGACGAGUUAAGGGUAUGGCAGUAUGCCAAGACAAUAGAGCAGAUCAACGCGUCCAUGAACGUCAAGUUCGAUGACUACCGUGAAGGUCUGGUGCUAAACGUACCUCUUGACGAAGGAAUGGGGCAGACAACUGAAGGUCGCUUUUACAGUCCGGUACCUGUUGACCUGACGAGUUCCGUUCUCGAGACUCCAGCCGUUAAUAUGACCACUGUGCAGUUACUCAUCCACUCUGGAGACUCCCCUGGAUGGGCCCCGUCAGGAGUGCACAUGACACCGUUAGCAAACUACAGUCUGGCAUUUAAGAACGCAAGCCUCGAAGAGGAGGCCCUCAACCAGUGUUACAAGUGGUUCUACGAAGGAAAGUUACAAAAAUAUUGUAGCACUCGUCUGGUACCCCAAGCGCUGUUUUAUUACGAGUCUUGUCUCGCAGACAUUGCUGAUUCUGGCAGCCUUGCACACCACAAGUUGUCAGUGAGUCUGUUUGGUUUCUACUGCCAGAAAGUGCUUGGGAUAGAGCCGUGCGAGUUGUAUGGCACUUACGACGCAUUUCCGCGUUGUCCAACCGAGGAAGAGGGCAGCAAGCUCACUCCAACAGAAAUAAUCGUCAUUUCGGUAUCUUCAGUCUUCUUCUUGCUGUUCUUUCUGAUCAUAAUAAUUGUGGUGUGUCGACGACGAAAGCGCAGGAGAUCCGAAGUGGAGCAGAUUUACGUUCACGAACCAGGAACAGAGGCAUCGAGCAAGUACGUUGCUGGUGACGAGCAGAGUGAUCAUCCUAAUGCCUAUACCAUGAGGCAGUUACUGGAUGUGUACGUGGAUGCUGAUGAAUCGGGGUCUGAUCAGACCCCGGAUGUUACCCCGAGAGGUUCGCCAAAACUUACACGAAGACCGCUGGUUCGAAAUCCUGCAGGCGGAAUGCUGCCCGAUGGAGAAGAGGAGAGUGCGGUGUGAUAUGACAUGAACGCUGUUAGAAAACUUUUUAAAUUAGUUAUUAAGUAUUUUUGUAGUUACUUUAGGUUAUUUUCAUAAGUCUUGUUCUUUUCAAUUCUAAUUUAAUGAAGUAAGUUAAGAGGAAUUUACUGUUCAUCUGCGAAAGCUUUAAGUAGCGAAUCCCACCAAUCAAAAGCUGGAACUAAAACACGUGUAGAAAGUUAGUGAGUGACCUCAAGAAGGCUGUGGCCAAUUCCACUUGACUACUUCACAGCAAAUUCAAGUAACCCAGUGGUCAGUGAACGUUAGAUCCACACUAAAUUCUCUCAAGGACAAUUAUGAGAAUUGUAUGAGAAUUUGACUCAAUGGCGAAAAAUAUUUGUGUUUUGAGAGAAUUUGUGUAGUGUGUCAUUCAGAAAAUAUGCCUCAUUAAACAGAGCCUACGCUAAGUUCCCACUUUAAAUAGAGAAGUCGAUUUGUACUGGCAAAGCCUUCUAGGAAAUAUAAACGUAAGAGUGUUUUAAUGAAAUUAACUGGUGUUUUUACAAGUGCUCAAGAUAGCUUAUACAUGUAUUACGCGAAUCGAAACGAGUGCCGAGUGUCAUGUCCUUUUUAUACUUGUACCGAGUGAUUUUCAAUUAAGUUGCGUUUCGAGUUAAUCCGAGUGUUUAGUUUAAUGAUCAGUUAAUUACUUAUUUCAAUAUCGAGUUUGUGUUAUCAAGUAUAUUUUUUACUUAAUUUUCAAACAAUUUUAAUAAAAAGUGUUUUACGUGGGUAGGAUUAACGAGUUCCUUACAACAAUCGCUAACUCA